AGCUACUUCCGGGUUGGCUUCUAGCAGGAGCGUACGGGGUUCAAAUACCCAGUGACAGCAUGAGGGUUGUGGCUUUAAUAAGGUGAUUGACAGCAGGGUGAUGUAGUAUUAGUAAUAUUGACCUAACCAGAAUAUAUCCAUGAAAAUAGCAUGGACCCAUGCCCUUCCAAUGUUUGGGAUCAGGUGCAGCUAUUCAAAUUGCAAAAAAAAAAAAAACCCAACUAAUUCAGCCUGUAAUUUAGCUCUUAGACAUAAUUUGAUAUUUUCUUUGCAUUCCUGAACUUAUACACUUCAAGGAAUGCAGUCUUGGCUGGAUGUGCAUGCUGUGAUUUAUUGGAAAAAGUACUAGAAGUGACGUGUCCUGGUUUACAUUUUAAAAUAAAAAAAAUAUGAAAUUGUCCCUAUAUAUAGUGACUGCUUGAAAUAUGCCGGUGUAGUAAAAUACUACUUGAACGUGACAAUUCAUUGGACUAUCACCCCCAAAAUAUGACAUUUUGUAGAAUUGUUAUUUCUAGGAGGUUGCUAUUGACAACAGAAUUACAAUUUACCAAUGGAGUGAUAUGCACCUUACAUGAAUAUUACAUUUAAUCACACUACUGACAUGGUUUCAGAUGUAAAUAUUAUAUGCGAUUGCUGACCACCAAUUACCAUGUUUUUUUUUUUUUCUAGUGGUGGAAAAGACAGUUGCUACAAUAUGAUGGAGUGUGUUGCAGCAGGUCAUGAAAUUGUUGCUCUUGCUAAUUUGAAACCCUCCGAAAGUGCAGGUAAUGAAGCUGAGAGUCUAUGGUGGAUUUGUUAUGAAAUAUAAAUAUUGGAACUAGCAGUGUUGUUAUUCACUAAAAUGCGAAUUCAAGAUGAAUUGACAGUGAAUUUCAAAUUCAAAGAAUUGAUCAAAGCGUCAUAACCGCUACAGCCCACUGUAGUGGUUAUAAUAUCAGGAAUACGGUAACGGUUUGCCCUCUUACCUGAGCACAUCUGCAGAAGUUGGAUGCCUAUCCAGCCAGCAAAUCAUUUUACUAAGAGCAUCUCGGCCAAUGAAUGCAACAUCUUCCAUAAAAAUAUACACAGAAUUGACAUUAGCCAGCCAGAACUUUUGUUCCAAGUUAUAUAAUGAUGCUGUAAUGAUACCACCAGCCUGUUACAGCUUGUCACAGGAGUCGUACACCAACACGCAAGAAGAGUGGAAACCCACAAAAGGUGGAUCCAAAAGAUGUAUUACCGAGCCUUAGAUUAACGUAUUACUAUAGCGAGAAAUGAGGUCAGGAAUACAGAAAUACACAGAGUAUAUACAAAGCCAGGUCACGAUACCAGGAAAUCACGAGCCAAAUACGUAACCGAGUUAGGAUACCAGAAAUCACAAGUCAAAUACAAAGCCGGGUCACGAUACCCGAAAUAACAAGUCAAAUAUGAAGCCAAGUCAGGAUAUCAAUUAUUACAAGUAAAAAACAAGCCAAGGUCAAUAACAGGAAUAUAACAAGAGAGACUUACUGCUAACACUAACGUGUAUCGGGACAGAAACCAAAAUAGAGCAAUGAGUAAGGGCUAGAACAUGAGGCCUUAAAUAGGUUCAAAAGAGUUCCUAUUGGUCCACGUCAUCUCUGCGACCCCAAACAGCAUGGGGUCGCCUAGAUAACGCUGUCCCUGUAAGGGCGUGACGUCAUGGCAAUAACUUUUAUUUAUAGGGUCUUCAGUUCGGUCCACGAACCCGCAGAGGAAGCUUUUCAAUCCUAUACAGUCUGUUCGGCCACGUGGAGUGUUCGGACCGCGUGGCAUGAGUACUGCAGUAAUGCGGCCACGCGGUGCAUUCUGCCCACGUUGCCCGAGGAGGGGAGCGGCAUGGGCGCCAGGUACACGUAAGUUUGUGACACACCUCCUGCAGAAAAGGGUCUAAGCUCUCUGUCUGCAUCAUUGUAUUGCUAAACAAUGUUCAUACAGACUCCAAGUACCAUGACAACAUCAAAUCACUGAAGUGGUCAUGGUGGUUGGAGUAACCUUUUAAGACCAAAAUAGCAAAAGGAAGAAGAUUCUGUAAGCAACCUGUACUUUGAGUUCAACUACUUAAGCUUUAAAGUGGCACUGUCACAACCUGGAAACUUUGCCGAAAUCGAAAAGACCCCCGACUGUGACAUUGUUGCCAGGAGAGAGGGGCAGGUAAAUAUGAGAUUUAAUUGCCUGAACCUGGCCCUCUUAGGCACAGCCAUCUUGUUCCUGGCAGGUCCUCUUCAGAAGUGCGAAAAUACAACAUUGAGAUCUAUGGAGAAUCCCUGCGAGUCAGAUCCCCCAUAGACAGAGCCAUGUGCGAAAAUACAACAUUGAGAUCUAUGGAGAAUCCUCGCGAGACAGAUCCCCCAUAGACAGAGCCAAUUCUCUGAAACCUCCGGGAUUGAAACUGGAAUUAAAAAAAUUCUAUAUCUAUGAAAUGCACAUUUUUCAAUGGGGAAUCACAUUUAAAUGAAUGAUCACAUUAGUGGAUAACCCUGUAAAUUUUUAUAUUGGAUGGACUUUCAUUUUCAGUUUUAUGUUUAUUAUUUCUCACAUUGGACUGCUGUUAAGAAUAAGUGGUAUACAAGCCCUGUUAAUGGGUAGGAAAAUGAAGGGUGUGGGGCUAAUGAUUUACAUUUGCAUGGGCUUUUCUGUGUCUGUGGAAUACUAAGUAAGAGUUUAAACUGUGUGCUCAUAUAAUACCUUACUUUUUUAUGAUGCUAAAAGUGCCUUUUUAAUAUUUCAAAUAAUGGUGACAUUUGUCUCUGCAGGGGAUGAGUUAGACAGUUACAUGUAUCAGACAGUGGGACAUCAGGCACUGGAUCUCUACGCAGAAGCUAUGGGUCUGCCUCUUUAUCGUGCUUCUCUCCAGGGUAGCAGCCUGAAUAUCGGGAGAGCGUACACCCCACAGGAAGGGGAUGAAGUGGAGGAUCUGUAUCACCUUCUGAAGCUUGUUAAGGUACAACGUGGUUCAUACAAUUCUUUAAGUUAAACUUUGGAACAGUGGGUGACUAUGUCUAUGUAGCCUAGUGCCAUUUAAUAUAUUCUGCCACUAUGGAGAUUCUAAACCACCUAUGGUUUCUAUGGUCUAAUUUUAAAUUUUAAAUCAUCAUUUGGGGAAACUUGUUCCUUUUAUUUAAAUCCUCGUGUGAUAUAUUCAGAACCAUACACAAAAAUGGAAACAUUCAGACAUUAAAUGUUCAGAUAUCAGAUCACCCUUUCUGUGCCCGGUGGGAAGGAGGUAAUAUACUGUGUCAGACUUUUGGUGUGAGAAAUUCUGGAAACCCACAUGGAGAGAGGCAGUGAGAACUAAAAGGAAUGAAAAGCAGAAGAAGGAAGUCAAGGAGAGUGAGUAGGAGAGAAUUAAGGAAGUGGUGAGUGCAAGUUAUUAUAGGGUACUGGAGCAACAUUCCUUUUCAGACCACGGACUGGGGCCAAUGAUUUCUAGUCCAGCCAUGGUUGCCAAGUAAGAAUGUCUCAAAGUGGCCUUAGAUUGAAGUUUUUUGGACGUUCUUGGUAUUUUGUGCUUCUAUACUGUGAUUCUACUGUGGUGUAACAAAGGUUCUGCUGGGAGGAAUGGAAAGCCCAUGCCUACAGUUAUUUUUAUCUAAUCAUCUCAAGUUGAUGGCAAUUGCAGGACAUUGCCAUGAAAUGUGCAGAAUAUUUCAGUUCACCUAUCAGUAAACAGAGCAAUAGAGAAAAUCGUUCCAAAGUAGGGAAUGCAGAUAGUUGGGAAGAGUUAAAUUUCUAAGCGAAUCACCUGUAUUUUCUCUUACAAAAUGUACAACAUCCACAAUUAAACCAUAAAUUAGAAACAAAAUUAUAAUAUAAAAACAAGACAUUGGGAAAGAAGAGAAUUGGGAGGGAGUGAAGUGUAGGGGCAGAAGUAGUGAUUGACUAACUAUAAUUGCCAUUCUAAGAGAAGAGAAUGGAAGGGUGGAUAGGAGGUAGGGCUAUGAGAUAUGAUUCGAUGAGGGAUAUUCUUACAAACAUGCCACUCAAUGAGAACCAAUUGAAGAGGAGGACAAAGUCAGCCACCAUGUGCCUCAUUCUGUCCCUGAGCAUGGUGUCACUUACCAAUGCUUCAACGUUUGACCAGGAAGCCGGUAUAUACUGUUUCCAUGUCCUUGAUAUUUAUAGAUUAGUUGCCUCAAAUACACCUUUGCAAAAUUCUGACUUUUUGGGAAGCAGGAAGGGAUAUUUGCAAUUAUCCAUUCCCAAAGUAGGUGCAAUUGACAGCCGGUGGACAAUGUAUGAGCUGGUGCAAGUCUUUCCAUAUUGUCUUCGGCAUAAAGCAGAUUUUGACAGAUCUAUCUUAGACAACCUACUCAGUCCGAUGGACCAUCUCCAUAAAAUUAUCCUAUUUAUUUUGUGGUGUUUGGAACAUCACAAGAACCUUUGUUGGCUUCUUAUUUCCUCAGAGAAUGUCAUUUGUACCCCUGGUUCCCAUUGAAACAUAUAUUGACAGUUUUACUGAUGAUGGGAAGGAGUUUAUCAUUCAUGGGUGCUAUUAGAAGAACCACAUCAAAAUAGAGUUUACUCUGAAUCUAGUCAAAUUGUUUAUUGUAUAUUGCUUAGCUGUGUGAACUGUUGGCUAACCUGACUAACAGCAAUAAUAAAGAGUUCAAUGUUCAUCAGAAGUGCUGUUUUAACACAGUUCCUUUUAUUUCUAUGCUUAAAAUAGUCUUCAAUGUACAAACAAACCAUGGCGUAAAGACUCACAUAGAACACCGUGAAUUUUCGUACUCACCUACUCUCUCAAGAAAUCUAUGGGAGUCUUUGUGUCAUGGUCUGUUUGUACAUAGAAAAGUGUUUUCAAGUUUAUGGAAAUAAAAGGAAUUGUUUUAAAACAAAGAUAACAGAACUUUUGACGAACAUUGUCCGUUUUGUUAUUGCUGUUUGGUGCGGCAUGGGGCCACGUUAUACUGUAUUUUACAGUUCUAAUCAUGAUUGAUACAGCAUGACGAAGAUCUAAUUAAUACAACUGUGAGUGGUGUCACAUCAGCCUCGCUGCUCUCAUUUUUUGCAUAUACUGACUUAAACCACGGUUCCUCGUGUCAUCAUUUUGAUAAAAGUGAGCUGUGUGCCAUAUUCUAAAAUGGAUUUGAAAAUGGUGCCAGUUUCUUUUUUUUCAGUAAAAAGAUUACAAUAAAAUUAAUUGUUUUAUUUAAAGUUGCACUGUAUAGUAUGUUUAUACAUACAAAUAUACAACCAGAAAGUAAAUGGAGUGUAGAUUGUUUGAAUAAAAACAAACAAUUCUCCAGGUUAUAACCCAGGAUUAACUGUUAGAUACAGCCGUUAUUAUCACUCAGUGGCCAUUUAAAUGCCCCUUUUGAGUUACUAUACCAUUACACCACAUGUUGACUGUUUCAGUCUUGCGUAAGGACUCACAGAAGAUCAAAAUGUUGGACUGCUGGUGGAUGAUAAUCCAUAAACUCGGUUUACGUCCAGUGAAUACGCCAUAUAUUUUUAUUUUGACAUUAUUAUUUUUUUUUCUUAUUCUAUUUUCAAGGUGUCAUAAAAUGCAGAAUUAAACCGUGUGCAUAUGACUUCAACGUUCCUAUACAAGGGGGAGGCAAAGGAUGACAGCCUAGUUAUUUGUAGCAAGGCAUUUAGUAAUUGGACAAAAUAACAAAAAUCCUGAAUCCCAAUUUGUUUGUCCAUUGGUUCUUGCUAUAUUUGUCCACAAUUUGGGUUCUUAUUGUUCUUGCAUUGUUUAUCUUGCGGAGAUUAAAAAGCCAUAUUAGAACACGAUUCCUUCCUAUUGAUUCGGCAGUGUGACUUCCUAUUGGUCAGUCGAAACAGUAGACUUAACUCCUUACAUAAAGAAUUGUCUGUCUGUAUGAGUCUAGGAUUGUGACUAUUUAAUAUAUUAUAACCAGACAUUGUAUUGUAUUCUUUUCCUUUUUCAUUUAUGUAUAGAGUCUUCCCACCCCACUUUGUAAAUUCUUUUUCUUCUUUAUAUAUGUGUGUUAUUUGCUAUAAAUGUGAUCCAGCAGCGCCCCCUACUGCCGUCCUCCUGCGAUUGCUUUGUGCUAUUUACGCUGAAAUGAAUACCAUACUCUGCAUUUAAGUUUCACAAUACAAUAACGGUGCCAGGUACGGCGUUCUUAUUCCAGUCUAAACAGCACGUCUGGAAAUGUCACUUCCCUAAAGAUUAUUCUCUUAUGUAUUUUGAAAGUGUUUAAAAAAUGUUCUGGCAUCCUCCGCAACACAGCUACUUGAGCAGAACUGCUUUUAUAUGUCUUAAUUCUUUUUAUUUUAUUUUUUUUAAUUUUUUUUUUUUUAUCAUCCGUCUCCUCUGUUUGUACAAAACUUUUUAAAAAAAAUUUUAACGCGACCUGGAUUUUCUGAAAACCUUUUUCUAAUUUUAGGUUUUCACUUACAUCAUUGCUUUUUUUUUUUGUCUUCUCUCUUGUCUCUCGUUCAUUCUCUUGCUCUGUUUUUCCCCAGCCCUAGUCUCACUCCCAAGGCUGGAAUGAUUAAAUUGAAGCCCACUUUAAUUAGAACAGUGAUGAACGCAGAUUACUUGUAAGAGACGCAGCACAGUAUGGCCCUUCCUUGGCUGGGAACAGGCUGUAUAAUUACAAUCCUGGAACCAAAGGCUGUGCUGCAAUUUCUUUCCCCGACACUUACAGGAAAUGCUUAUUUUUACAGUAAAAGCUUCACUUUAUCACAUCCUUGCCAGUCGGACUGGCAGAAUGUUAAGGAGAGUAAGAGUUAAACCAUAAUGUGGCAUAUUUUUACUUAUUUUUUUUCCUAAUUUUGAGCCUGAACUUUUCUAUGCUGCACUAUGGCAAUCCAACUCGAUUAUCCUCGCCCUAUAUUUUUAUUUAAACUCAGACCCAUUUUUCUGUGCAACAUUUAAUAUACUUAUAUUAAAUAAUUUCGGUUAUUUUUAUGUAGGAUUUAUUUGUCCACCGAUCAUCCUUACUUAAAACGCGAUAGGCUGCAUUUAGGCGCCUUGUACCAGGUACCGACCAGGUUCCUUUAGCAAUAUAUAUUAUAAAGAAAGUCGGGUGCAAUUGCUCAUUAGUGAUGCUUUCUUAUACCAUUAAUGAUCUUCAGCAAAUUCGCUUGAAUCAUGGCGCAAUAAAGUAUCACUCUUAAGUAGAUCUAGGAUUUCCUUAUGUUAAAUGUAGGCUACGUUUUGAUGUACACCGUUAAAGUAAGAUUUUGUAGAGACUCAGCUUGCCGACUAUUUCCUACCCAUUUGAACAGAUCAGACAUGGCGAAAUUCUGAUAAUAGCGGCUACAUUGAGGUCUGUCUAAUUUCUUUAACACAUGAAUAGAGCAACUGAUUAUUAAAGGUAUUCGUUAACGUGUAGUGAUCCAUACAUCCCAAUACUUCUCUGCACUGUAAGGGAAAAAGAGAUUCUUUGGUUGAGUUCUUUGGUUUACAUGGAGCUGUCAAUAAACACUUUUAUACAGUUAUGUGUACAUAAACAAACCCAGGUUUCAUUGCCUAUAUGUCUUAAAAUAUGAAUAUGAUAUAGAACCUCAAUUUCUACAGCAAGUGCAAGAUAGGGUUGCUAAAAGAACAACUCUAUAGUAGAGCAGGAGAACCAACUAUAGGAGGGUUCUACUGCUCCCCCAUCACUCAAUCCAUGGCAUCAACCUCUAUGCUUAGACUUCACUGACAUGUGAAGGUUAUGGCAUUUCUGCUAGGGAAGUGUAUUGAUGAAAUGUAAUGCUCAUUAAUUUCAACCUACGUAUAAUAAGACAGAGAAGUAGUGGUUUUAUUCUCUUUGAUAAAAAUAAAUGAACACAUUUUUUUUUUAAAAUAAUAUAUAUAUUUCUUUCAUUAACCAUGGGUUAAUGCUCAGGAUUAGAUCUGGAUAUUGGGCAUCUUCCCUGUUGGUGUAAAUGACAUUGUUUUUAAGUGGAUGCCAAACUGUCUUCCUAUACAGCUAAGAAAGGAAUUAUGACACGCACAGUUUUAUAAAAUGUAUCAAACAUAUUUUUGGGCCAUAUUGUAAGAAGUAAUUCUAAUUGGUACAUAUUAUUUUAUUUAGUUUGUUUUACAUUUACUUUGUAAUAAUCUGUCCAUUUGCAAUAUUCUUGGUAAUAGGGCUGUCACAUAAAUGUAUCUGUUAUGGCUAUUUUUAAUAUUGGGAUAUUUAUUUUCAUGAAACAGUGAAGAACCCACAAAGAUUAACAAUGUAUGUACAUCUAAAAAGUAGCCUAAUUCGCAUCUGUCCAUUUACCCUGUGCAAUACAUAUACAACCUUUAUUAUUGCAAAUAUCUUUUUUUUCCACUGUUAUUACAUAACACCUGGUGUUACUCCUAAAUAUUAUAGAAAGGAAUAUACAAUCCCAUUCAAAGUGCUGUCUCUUUAAAUGUUGCCAGUCUUGUGUGUGAACCUAUAUUUUAUUUUAUAUUAUUGUAUCCAAAUUGCCAAUCAAAAUUCUCAAUUCAGAGACAGAUUUGGGAUUUUAGUUUUCCUGUUUGUUUUUUUUGCAAAUUGUUAUUUUUGUUGUGCAGUAGAGGAACAAACAGACCUGCGCUGUCCCGACAGCAGUGGCAAGAGGAUAGGCAUACAAAGGUAAACAGCAAAGGGCAGUUGAUAAUACAGCACAAUUAUGUUUGUGGAUAAGAAGUUUCACGUGCAUAAGAAGACGUUUCAACAGUUAAUAACCGAGUUUACAUGAGCUGUUUAUCAGAAUAUUGUCAAAGGAGUGACACUGCGCGUCUUAGGGCAUAUAACUUGCUAUGCAUGUAGGGAAUGGCUUACGGUAGAACAAUGAUGUCAGGUUUAGGUAGACAGCUUGGUGCGUAAUUAACGUCAUAGAUACGUAGUAAAUAGUAAGGUAGGGGUCAACUACAAUUAAAGGGACAUCGAGUCCACCUUUUGCAGGUUAUAGGUAUGUUAUCGCAGUAAGCUCAACUUAGUGAUGCCCUAAGUAUGCCCUAAGAUGAGUAAUUUGUUAAACAUGCUAAACUGCGCAAAGGCAAUAAUUUAGAAAAAUCCCCUAGGCCACACUCCUAAAAAUCAUAUCUACAUUGCCCAUUGGAGCACAAUAUUUCCCGCCAAAGCAUAGGUAGAGUUAUUGGUGAAGAGUUAUAACGAAAAACAUAAAAAGAAUAAAACAUUAUAAACAUAUUGAGUUGUGAUAGCAGAUAUUUCAAUGUCGGGAUAAAGGUGGCCCUGUCCAGAGAGUCCAUCGUCAGCCUAUUCCCUGGUUUGGGGAUGCAUGGAGGCUGUCAGGGGGCUUUUUAAGGUAGGAGUCGAGCGUGGGAGUCCUCCAGCCCCGGACUUUAUGGAAGACCGGCAUCACAAAUCCACAGUCUCGGAUUCUCCGACACAAGGCCAAGUCUCUCCUUUUCAAGGGACGGCAGAAGCUCCUGGUGGUACGUCGCCGCAAGCGGUGGUGGUCCUUCAGCCUCCGUGGCAAAUUCAGGCGUAUUAUAUCCCUGGUGGUCUUACGCCCAGGUGGGCCUGAUCAAGUAAUUCCAGAUGCUUGAUGGGGGGGGUGCGCCCGUAGGUGACCCGCUCACCUCCUGCUGGUGGGUGCUGUGUCCUUCCUCCUGUGAUUAGUACGAUGUCUCUGCUCCACGAGCCUCCAGUUUUACCCAGAAUCUUGCAAAGAGCAGAUCCAUGUUAUAGUAGUCGCUCAAAGGCAUGGUACACGCCGGGUGUGUUUUGCUAGUCUGUGUGAAAUCAAGCGCAGCUGCCAUUUUAGGUGUGAUUGCUUCAGCUUGAGUAUGUAGCAAGGCAGCAGUGUAUAGCCAGCUGAAUUAUAAGGAGUAUGGCAGGGGUAACCCGGGAUGACCCCCACUGGUCCAAAGAGGGGGGGGGGGAACAGCUUGGUGCAAGUUUCACACCGCUGGGUGAAGGACUUGGAGAGCGGUUGUCUCUCCACAGCCCACAUUUGUGUAGGCCGCAAGCCUCGAUGUCAACGUUCCGGUAGAGUAAGCACUGAAUUUUAGUAUCCCGGGUGCACCGUUGUCCCCUUGACUAGGAGAUCGUCGGCACCGGUCCGGGUGAGCAAGCGGCUCUGGUUUAUCGUCGAGUACCUGACCCAGUUUGUGGAGCUCGGGCGAUGCACGUCUUGUCAGCUUGGCAUCCAUGCUCCACCCCCGAGCACCUAUAAUUUAUGCAUAUGCACUAAAUCAGAUUUGCAUUUUAAAUAGUGCUGAAGCACAAAACCCGUUAGGCUGUUUAGUUUCUCCAUCUACCCCAUUUCCUGUGAUAUAUUUAUUUUUACCUAUAAUAAAGGAUUUGCAAAAUGGUACAAUAUAUGGAUAAUGAUAUUUGCUUAGCAUUCCCCUUUUUGGGGGUCCGACAUAAUUUUGCUACUGUUGCUGUGAACCACAAUUAGCAGGUUUCACAACGGUUGUUUGUAAGAUUCUACAGGUAGUAUGCUGCAGUUGUGGCCAAUUGACUUGCCAAUAUGGUCUCAAGUCACUCAUUACUUUGCUUUAUAUGCUAGCCAGCCUGGAUAUUCAAGAGCCUGACAGUCUGGUAACUGUGACAAUCUGCAGAUGCCAAGUUAACCCGUAUGUCCUUAAGUCUCCUCAGUGGCUAAUUAUCAGGAAAGUCAUAACUACACUAUGUCAUAUAUUUAAUUCACCUUCUGUUGUGCCACGUACUGUUGACCUUUUUUCCAUUAUAAAAUAUUAUUGAAUGGUUACACCGUUGACUUCUAAGCACCUGCAGCCAAGGUAGACUGAAGCAAUGACUCUUUAACCAUCUUCUCUAGAAAGAUACCAACCACAAGACCUAGAUGAUCUCAUUGAGUAUGUAGACCAAAUCAAUUUUAUAUUAAGACAGACUCACAAGUAGAAAUACUAUUAGCUUGCUAGCCUUGUCCUUUAAUUUGCACCUUUCAACUAUUUCCUACUAGCAGAGGAACAUCAUGCAGUCAGGAUUCUUGAGUUUAUCAGUUGAAGAGAAACAUGGAGUUCCGAAAUAAGGUUUUUUAGGUUAACUACAGCAUUCUUUUUAUGUGCAGCCACACAUCCCCUUCUCGGACCUUAUUGAUACAUGGGAGGCACGUCAAGGAGAAUAUAGGUUAUAUGCAAGUGUCCUCAAUAGGUUGUGUCACUAGAUUUCUCUAUAUUGAAAGUCAAUUUUGUGGCCUCAGUCUAUAGCCCUUAAGCUAUUACACAAUUUCCUAAGCUUUGUCAAUUACUAGCAGCGCAUCGUACAAAACCAACCAAAGAUAGUCUACUCUGUUACAGAUCUCACCAUGAGAGGAGCUGAUUGUGUCAAAAGGUCUCUCGAAUUAGUGUCUGCACUCUCCACUCAGAGGUGUCUGUACCAUAAUACUCAGCUGAACUCUACUUAGGGUAUGAGUUAUAAAUGACCCCUUACCCUUACAUUUAUAACUGCUUUUUCUUAGACAUCUAGUCCAGCAGAGCUCGAUUCUGAUCCUGAAAACAAGCCUUUUUUAUGGCCAUAGUGAAACAGAGAUAUCUCAUAGAGCGGGGGGUUUCUGUUCAUUGUCCAUAGGUCCACCACCGAGACAAGAAACAAUAUAUAACAGACGUCGAGUGCAGAGCUUCCUCUCUCUCUCUUUUAUAUAUGCAUAUUUGAUUGUAGUGAUAAGAGUCUGUGGGUAAGCAGGUAAAAACAGAUACUGCAACAAGUAGUUUUACCCACCGUUACUGACUCGCAGAGUCUGCCCCACCUUCCCAGCUGAGAUCACCAAUCCUGAUGAUCAACCAUAGGGAAGCAUUUGGAGGCUAGUGUGCAUGCACAGGAACUCACCACACUGCGACAUUCAUCAUCUCCCAAUACAGAUGCACUAAGUCAAGCAUCUCUGUGGGGAGCGUACAGUGCUGUUCUUGCAAUCUUUGCAGGACUGAACCAAGAAAUGUGGCAUUAUACAAUAGCAUUUACACUGCUCAGAAUGCAGGGACAGUCUAAAUGCCCCAAAACAACUACUGUAAACUGUAGUUCUGUUGACUACAAUGUUUCUUUAAAAGGCUGUAGUCCUACACUACAAGCCAGGCCUUAAAGAACUUCAAACCUAAAUCAUAGUGUAGAGACUCUCAACAUCAAUAGUUACUAGCAAAUAACCAUCUUUCAACUGAGUGUUAUUAUUUAUGAUUUAGGUUUGAAAGCUGUUGAGUGCUUUUAUUUAGAUACGGAUCCGCUUCAAAUUCAUUUUAUUUUGAAGGGUAUAUCUUUUAUCCUUCGUAAUAAUUAUUUUUGGUUUAAUCAUAAUUUAUUUUCUCCAGUUUUCUUGUACUGUAAUGGGGACGAAGUUCGUGCCCAGUUAUGCCAACCUCUUUAUGGCCCAUUUAUGUGGGGGAGGCUGGGUGGCAGGCUUGGUCCUCUAUCUCGGGUACAUUGAUGAUUUAUUUUUUAUUUGGGAUCGUGGUCUGUAGACUUUUGAGGUAUUUUUGACACAUCUAAUUAGUAACAGUAAAGGAAUUUGUUUAAAAACUCUUAUAAUAAUACUAAAGUGCCCUUCUUAGAUUUGAAAAUUUAUAUUUCUUAGGAGGAGAUUAAAACAAAGACUUUCUUCAAGUCUGUCGAUGUAAACAGCUACAUAGAUAUGAGUAGCUGUCUUCAUACUCCUUGGCUCAAUAACAGUCAGUACAGUUACACUGGCGUUCACUGUCUCCACACUCUGCAUGAAGAAGCUCAAGGUUUCACAUAGAGAUGCAAAUAUUCAGUCCAUCUCUAUGAAAAUAAGUUGAUUGGCGUAGUGCCGCAUUUUGCCACACAUGUGCAAUAGCCUUCAAAGCAUUGGCUUGGCUGAGCUCGUCAAGAUUGAUAAUCUAAGCCAUAGAGGUGGGGCAAGACUGGCACAGCGUGAGAAGAUAUUACCCAUUUCAAAUUUUAGAUUGUCAGAUCUGAUGUUUGUAUUCCUGACAUGUUAGUGUUUCUUUAAGGUUCUGUAGUUGUUCCAGUUUUCAAUAUGGUGUCUGAGGAAUUGAUUGUUUUGAGUGCAUCACUAGAACCUUGUGACACGAUGUUGAUGAGGUCAUGGGAUUCAGACUUGCACCCUUUGACACUGAUGUUCACAUGAUGCUGAAUAUAGGAAUACACCUAUAGGAAGGGACAGACUCAAAGGGAUCUAGGGGAUCAAUUAGAAGGCAUAGAGUGGCAGGCGAUCUGGGAAGCCAAUCACAAGUCCUCAGUAUGCGUAACAUUACAGGAACAGGCAGUUAAAACAAUGCUUCGCUGGUAUACUACCCCUGUAAGAUUGCACCAAAUGAGAAAGAACCCAACUGACAUGUGCUGGAGAGGAUGCGGCAUGAAAGGGACGUAUAUCCACAUGUGGUGGGAAUGCCUACUGAUAGCAAGGUUCUGGCAACAAAUCAAAGAUUUAUUAGCCCAGGUAAUGUCCAGAGCCCCUCCUCUAGAUCCAUGGCUGUUCCUGCUCAGUAGAACGAUAGACGGGUGGACCAGACACGAACAAAAACUCAUCCAUAAAAUAACUCUAGCAGCCAGGAGAGCUGUAGCAGCGGAUUGGCUUAAGCAGACCACUCCAGCAAUAGCAGGAGUCAUAACCAAAAUAAGGGAGGUACACACAAUGGAUGAUCUGACGGCAAGAGUUAGAAAAACAGUUCCAAAAAAUAUGGGCACCUUGGGACGACAGCCCCUUGGCUUAGGGAGACCCAAUAUAUCCACUGUCCUCUGGAUGGAUGAACACUAGGAAGCAGCUCUGUUGCUUCUCCCACCACCUUCCCCUCCCCCCACCCCAACCCACCUCUACUAUACAUUCUACUGACUUUUUCUUUGACACUUUUCACUCACUCUUUCUUAUCUCUUACUCUAUUGUUUACAGCAGGAGUUUCCCAGAGGGCGUAAAGAGAGACUUAUCCAGAAACUGGAGAGUCCACACCAAUGAUAUGCUAAUAUAACGACUCAGUUUCAAUUGUUACCAAACGCUUUCUUAUUUCACUCUCUUCUUUUCUUUUUAUAUAUAAAACACACAACUCACAGUAUCAGAAAGAGCUACGGUAACACACACGAUAGGCUUUGGGGGCGAUGGGAGAGGUUUUCAAUGUGCUGCUCAUUGUAUGAUUAUGUCUCGUGAAUGCCAAAACACUAUGUACAUACUGCGCAUGUUAAAAUCAGCUUGUGCUACGAAAGAUAUGAUAUAUGUAUGUUAUACCUUGUCAACAUAAAUAAAGAAUACAAAAUAAAAAAGGAAGGGACAGACUCAUCAAAUGGACCCUAUAUUUACUGUUAUUUGGACUGGAUACUAUAUGCUCUUAAUGAAAACCUCUUUGUUGAAACCUGUUGUGCUUUUGGAAAGCUUAAUAUUGGUGAUUCGCUAUGAUGCUCUGCUGGAAGUGUAUCUGUGGUAACAUCAUUGGGAAGUCAUCAGCCAGGAACUGGCUAAUUCUGUGCGUGCCUUUCAUUGGCUGAAAUUGCUCAGUAGACGCUGUCAGCUAGUAAACGACAAUGGCAGAAGCCUGGAAUCAAGUCACCAAAUCUGUAGGGAGCCUCCGUGCAAUGCAGGGUCCCACGUAAGUGGGUAAAACCUUUUUAAAAUGGUUUGCUCCAUUACCAGGGAUCAGGCCAGGGUAAACAUGGCAUCAUAACCACUACAGCAAACUGAAGUGGUUAUAGUGCUUGGUGUAACACUUUAAGAUCAUUUGCACUGCACACGUUAUGUAUCGAUGGUUUGUUUAUUGUACAUUUCUCCAUCGAUAAGCAUGUAUAUUUCUAUCUUAAUUUAACUGUAACUAUGUAGCAAUUAAUGCUUGAAAUAUGGCACCAUUCCUUUUGGCAUGUAAGUGGUUAAGAAGAUUGCUAAUUUGAUCCCCAAGCCAUCAGAAAGCUUUACACAUGCUGUAACAUCAUCCGGAUGUCUUAUUUUGUUUGCUGUUUCCAAAUCUUAAUAACUACUCCUUUUUUCCCUCCUCCCUCUCUCUUCUCCCGCCUCCCCCAGGCUGUUUGUGUUUCUGACUUGACGAUUAUUUCAUUUAUUUCUUUAUCUGAUUAACUGACACAUUGGGAUCAAGUCAGACAGAGACCCCCUGAGGGUGCACACCGAUUUCAUUUAAAGAAAACUAGAAAGGUUUGCACUACGCACCACGUUUAAUGGUUGUGUUUAUCAGGCAGAGAAAAAUUACCUACAUCUCAACGGGGGUGGGAGCGGGUUUAACCUAAGGACUCGUAGUUUAAGAAAAUUGAUAAUAGCUUUAAGGCAAUUUACUGUUAAAGUUUUUUUUCUCAUUAAUAUUACAUUUCCGCCUAUAAUUAUAGCCUGUGUCAUUCACCAAUUAAACUCUAAAAUGUUAUUGCAAUUUUUUUUCUUUUCUGGUCGAUUCGGUGUUUGGGAAAGUAGUAGUGAGGAUGGGAAUAGGAUAACAAAUGUGUAUGGAUGUGAUUCUUAAUUCAUUUUUAUCUGAGCAAUGCAGUAUUUUAAAAAAACUAGUGGAAUUUUUGAGUGUGAAUCUCACAAAGCACCCUCAGUUGUACUGCAGUUUAGAGGUAGAUAGAGAAUGAGACCAGAUGAACUUUGGAUAUAGGAAGAAGGUGGAAACCCUUUGGCUUUGUAGGAGGACAGUACACUAACGUUUUCCAAAAAAUAAAGAAAUUUUGUAACGAAAUCUAAGAGGCAUAUUGACUCCUUUGUAGAUCUAGGACAUAAAAUUGUAAGAGAUAUCUAACAUCUUUAUCUUUAUAUCAUAAGUACUUUUUCUGAGUUAUUGUGAUUUUCAGUUGCCUUGUCCUCUACUGACCUAUCUUCUAAAUGAUUGGCUUUGACUUUCUCAAGUUUAGUCAAUUGUAUAACUUUAGAAUGAAAAAGGAUGAUCCUCCUCUCUAGUUCUAAGGCUGUAUUAGUUGUCCAGUUUCAGACUAGCUUUUGUCUUGCCUUAUGCUAUGCCCACUUCUGUUCUCCUGUCCAGUAUUUUCUGCUUUCCCCCUUCAGUCCUCAGUCUGCUCCUGUCUCCUGCUUGCAAUAUGUUGUGUUCUAGUCUAGCCAUAUUCAUUAGUCACAAUGGCCAUAUUCAAAGUUCCGGUGAAAGAAAGAUCCAAAGGUCUCAACCAGCGGGAGACAUCUUUCAAGCUGUUUUGUCCACUGGUGCGUCUACAAGUGAAAAAAGGAUAUAGAUCGUAGGCUCUAUGUUCUCCACUAAAUAUGUACAUUUGCCUUGAUGCCUUUAAAAAAAAAAAAAAAAUACAUAAUGAAAACUGCUUUGCUUUAUCUUUUUAAACAUUAAAGUCAUUUUCUAUUUCCUACAUGUCACCUUGUAUGAAAUUUUAAUUUUUGUAUCAGGUAAUAUUCUCUCUGAAAUACAUUUUCCAAAUAAUUUUGCAUGACAAAAUAUGUGUAUGGGAGCAGUCUUCAGCUUAUUGGCUUGAUGUAGGUAGGUGUACAUGUUAUUGAUUUAUAGAUAGAUGUAGGUAUUUAUAGAUAUUGUGUAGUGUUGUGUCACCCUAAUUGAGCUUAUUCAUUUUUAACAGCAGUUGCCUUUAAGGAGCACUUCAGGUGCCAAAACAGCUGAAUAAAAAUAAAGUAGUUGUGGUACAAGGAGGAACCUGGACACAGUCUUACAUUAAAGGGUACCUCAAAGUGAGCCUUUAGCGCUAUCUUUCUGAAUCUCAGUUUCAGGAAGCGUGGAGUGCAGUCAGGCAGGGGCGAUGCUGAUUUGCUGUCAGGUGACUGCCCUUUCAUAAAACUGGCUUAAAAAGAAUCUAUAAUCUUCAAACUAGCUUUACGAAUGGGCAGUCACUGACUGGCUGAGAGUCAGCCAGUCUGCGGCGCCCCUGCCUGGCACCAGUUCGCGCAUCCUGAAACUGAGAUUCAGAAACCAGAUUCCGCCUGGUGGUCCAGAGGAUCGGCGCUGGUGCCCCACUUUGAGAAUAUUGACUGUUCAUUUAUAUGAAGUUGUUAUUGUAUCUAAACUGUCCCUUUAACUUUGCAGAGUAGUACUAAGCAGACAAUGUUUGAAAAUAUGUGUUACCUUGUUACUGCAAAUGUGCAAACACUAUUUUUGUUUACUUGUGAUUUUUUUGCUUUGCUUUCUUUUAUCAUAUUUGAGUUUUUUUUGUGUUUGCCGUACAAUUAAAUAAUUAUUAAUAAAAUGUAUAGUGAUAUUAGAUAAUCAGAAAGAAGAUUUAAGUGUUGACAGCUGUAUAUAGACCCAGAUCCAUACUCUAACAUUGUACAUUUAGCUUUCACUAGUUGUGUGUUUACUACACUGUGUCUCUGGCUGUUUUGCAGGAGAAGGAGUCAGUGGAUUCUGUGUCUGUGGGAGCUAUCUUGUCAGAGUACCAGCGAGUACGAGUGGAGAAUGUGUAAGGUCAUUUCAAAUUUAUCAUCAAGGGGGCACUGUAGUCAGGCUUGAAGGUAUAUUGUGUGUAUUAAAGUGACAAUAGACCAUGGAUGUGUCACCACAAGCACAUGCUCUUGAUGAAGUCCCUUGUAAGAAGUAGGCUUGCACCAUCAGCAUUAGCACCUAUCAGAUAGCCAGUGCCACCCCAGCUGGGCAUUUCUUUCCAACAUUUUAGAAAUUAGGGAAAUGUAACCAGAAUCAAUUAAUUAGACAUGUUGAUGUUUUUCCCCACUAUUUUGAUUUUAUUCAUUAUUCACAUACAAUCUCUCUCUCAAUAUAAACUAAUCGUAUAGAAAAUGGUUGUGAUGGAACAGUUUAGGGUUGACUCAUCUAAUGUGCCUAUUAUCUAACUUUGUUCUUUAUGAUUGCAUUAUGCACUUACUGAGUAUUUGUUUUUGUUGUGCAGCUAUAUACAAUACAUGGACAAAAGUAUUGGGACACCUGACCAUUACACCAACAGGGACUUUUAUGACAUUGCCUUCUAAAUAUGUGAACAUUAAUAUGUAGUUGUCCCCCCCUCCCCCCCUGCAGCUAUAACAGCUUCCACUCUUCUGGGAAGGCUUUCCACAAUACUUAGUAGUGUUUCUGUGAGAUUCUUUGUCCAUUCAUCCAGUAGACCAUCUGUGAGGUCAGGCAAUAAUUUUGGAUGUGAAUGUCUGGCUCACAAUCUCUGUUCCAGUCCAUCCCAAAGGUGUUCUAUAGGGUUGAGGUCAGGGCUCUGUGCGGUCCUGUCACAUUCUUCCACACCAAACUCAUCCAACCAUGUCCUUAUGGACCUUGCUUUGUUCAUUGGGGCACAGUCAUGCUGGAAUAGAAAAGGGUUUUCCCCAAACUGUUCCCACAAAUUUGGAAGCAUAGCAUUGUCCAAAAUGUCAUGGUAUGCUGAAGCAUUAAGAUUUCCCUUCACUGGAAGUAGGUUCCUAGCCCAAUCCCUGAAAACCAACCCCAUACCCUUAUCCCUCCUCCACCAAAGUUUACAGUCGGUCCAAUGCAGUCACACAGGUAACAUUUUCCUGGCAUCCGUCAAACCAAACUUGCCCAUCAGACUGCCAAACAGAGAAGCGUGAUUAAUCACUCUACAGGAUAUGUUUCCACUGCUCCAGAGUCCAUUGGCGGCGUGCUUUACACCACUCGAUCAGACACUUGGCAGUGUACUUGGUGAUGUGAGGCUUGCAUGCAACUCCUUGGCCAUGGACAAUGAUGGUGCAACUAGGUUGUCUGGUUGAGUUUGCUUAUAUACCAUCAAAAAUCUGUUUCUAUAUGUUAUGCUUACUGUGUAUUUCACACAUUGGAGCCAGAAUAUUAAAUUUGCUACAAGGUGGCCAUCGUAGAGUAGUUUCCAAUGACAUUUAUUAUAUGGCUUGAAAGAUCAGUGGCCCUGUUGUUUUUAUCAUGUAGUGUAAAAUAUUGAUCUGUUUUCAUUGCUGGGUUAAGCACACCUCCAGAUGGGAAGACAUCCUAACACCCAUUAGAGGGUGAUUCCAGGUCUGUAACCGAAUCAGACUCAGUUUUGUGAUGUUCGAUCUAGGUGACUUUGGGAAAAUAAGAUGAAAUGCAACACUCCAAUGUCAUCACAGCCUGGUCAUCAAAGUUCGUCAGCCGGCAUGGACGGGCAUGCCUGUGUAGAUUUAGUUGCUCCCUCCAGACCUGUUGCCAGUAAUUAAGUGGCAAAUAACAUUUUGGAAAAGGAUUUAAAAAACAAACAAACCAGAUUAUGAUGGCUAGGAAUAUAAAAUGUAGGAAUCUUUUUGAGUGAGAGGCAUCUUUCUUAAUAUUCCAUAUCUGUAUUUAUAUCAAAUAUAGAUUUCAUAUAUUCUGUACUGCAUUCUUUCCAUUUGUCGGUGAGUAUAAAAUCUCACAUGUUACCCUGUGCAGUCCAGGUAUAUUCCUAUUAGGAAAUGAAGUGCAUGUUUCUUGCUUUCCUCUUCUUUAGAUGUCAGCGGCUUGGUCUUCAGCCACUUGCUUACCUUUGGCGUCGGAGGCAGGAUACCCUUCUGGAUGAAAUGAUUUCCCGAGGUCUGCAAGCCAUCCUCAUCAAGGUAGCUGCAUUUGGUAAGAGGGAGGUAGCUGAGUGUUAGCAGAAAUAUACAUUGUAUCGUCUGAUCUUCUCUGCCCAAUGUCUUAGUUUUUUUUGUUUCUAUCAAUGUUCUUGAUACAUUGAUAUAAUAGACAAUUAACAAUAAAACCGAUUAUUUCGAUACACGAUUAUUGGCUAACUGGUGCUAUAUCCAUUGGGCCCUGUUUUAAUUAGUAUCUCCUGUAAUGUCUGAAAGCAAGUCCCCUUUCUGGUUGGGCAGGUGAGCGUAUGCGUCUCCUGAUUAUUGCCGUUCGUUCCUGUUAAUGUGAAGGUUUGUAAGUGUUGCAGGAAUGUGUUAAUCUGUCUGGACCUGUCUGUUAAUGGAUACAUUUCCCUCCAAGAUAUUCUUUCCUUGGCUCCUUAAACAUGUUUUCCAACGUUCCAUAGGAAGUAGUGUGAUCAGCUUCUUAAUUGCGAUUCUUGUGCCCUUUUAGUUUGCCCAUGCUGUGCCCGAUCUAAAAUGUGCAUCCAACAUAUAGCAUCGGCCCACAAGUCUUUCCUCUGAAUUAAUGAUUCCACAGCCUAAAAUAAGAUUUGUCAUUCUCUUCCAAACGUGUAUGUAUGUGCGUGUGUGUAUAUAUGUAUAGACACACAUAAAUUGUUUGCUUGACGCACACACACACACUAUACAAGACCAGUAAAUAACAUGUAUACACAAACAUAAUUUAUGUGUAACAGAUACAGGUUUGUUUGUUCCUUUGUUUUUGUUUGUUUUUCCUGUCUUCUUUGCUUACAUUGAAAAAUUUAUUAAACAUAUUUUACAUGAAUAGAUUCACAUAUUACCCUUUGGUAGUUCUCACUGCUAAUGAUAUUCAACAGGUGAAUGGCAUUAGAAUGAGAUAUUUGAGAGGCCAACCUCUUUAAUAUCGUAUAUGCAGUAAGCCAGCCACCCAGGGAUCGUCUUUGAGGAAUUAAUGCCAUACCAUAAAGUCAGCAUUUUGACUUUUCCCAAGCUUUUCUAGUAGACCCCCAUGUACCAGAUUUUAUGGGAAAUAUGAUGCCGGACAAACUGCACAAAAGGAGAGGUGCAGCUCUCUUGUUGGAGUGUCCCUUUAUGUUACCCCUACCAGCACAAUUCUGUUUGUUAUCUGACAUUUGGGCAUGAUCUGCUUAAAUCUUAUGUAUAUUAUUUUCAGGCUUGGAUCCAGUUAAACACCUCGGAAGGACAUUGGAAGAGAUGAGACCUCAAUUACUGAAAGUAAUGCUAUGCAUGUUGCAGCUGUCUUUAUACAUUGAUUUCAUGUUUCUAUAAAAAAUAUAUAUAUAAUUCUGCGCUUAUUAAAGGGACAUUCGAAGCAGAAAAAAAACAAUGAAGUGGUUUUGGUGUAUAUAUCAUGUUUCUGCAAUCUCUGCCAGUAAGGAGUUAAAUCACUUAGUUUGUGCAGCCCGAGGCACGCAUGAUGUGAUUCACACAGCAACCCUAUACACCUCCUGAAAAAGAGACCAGAUGUUUUGCUUCCCUUAUUGCACAGUGUGUUUAAUUCAGAAUUAAUUUUCUACAGCUCUGUUAAUAGCCAGUGGGAGCAUGUUCCUGUGUGUGAAUGAAGUUCAAUUAACAGAACAGAAAAUAAGAACUUCUGAAGUAAACACACUGUGCUGUGCUCUGAUUGGAAAAUGAAACCUUUUUUUCAUGGAGGAUGUGUGGCUAUAGAUAAAAAAAAAAAACAGAAACAAAAGUGUUUUUGCUUCUAUAUGGCAGAGAAUUGAUCAGUGAGACUGCAGUGGCUUGAUGUAUACACAAAAACUGCUCUAUUGAGCUAAAGUUGUAUUGAUGCUUAGUGUCAAUUUAGAUUAUUCAAUUUACUUGAGUCAAACAGUUUAGAGGAUAUAUCUGCAACUUCAGGCAGAUGUCUUCCUCACCAGGAACAGACAUUCAGUCAGGAACAUUUCAAUAUGGUCUGUUGAGCAUGAUCUUUUUCCAUAAAACCCUGUUCAACAGCAGUAUAUGAGGUAAGUAUUUGUCAGGACGAACCAGUGGCCCAACACGCAGAAUUAAGUAAAACACGUAACAAAUACAAACAGUAACAAUGUAUUACAGGGCCUUAGAAUGGCUGGAAUUAACGUAAGGGAAUAAACAGUCUGGAGCCGAGGUCAGGAAUACAGAAAGGAACAAAUACGGAAAGAACAAAGCCAAAGGGUCAGGGAUACCAGAAAUACGGGAAGUCAAGCCAAGAUCAAAAACCAAAUCUCAGAAUCACGAACACGCUCUCAGAUAACCAACAGGAUGGAAACCACGACAGGGCACUGAACAACUGCUGGUUUGGGUUUAAAUAACCCAAUAAAUCCUGCUAUUGGCUGAUUUGGGUCCCAUGACCCCAGAACAUGCGUGCACUGUGUAAAUGUUACGCCGCAGGCACUUUCACGUCACUAGUGGCGUCAUUGUGGGCGCCUUUAUUAAUUAGCGCCGUCUUGCAGCGCCGGCGUCCCUCCCAACGAUGGACCCGGCCGCCAAUCCACAAUCUGCAAGGAGGGAGAGGCUCUGGGGGUCAGGUGAGUAACCUCUCCCUCUUUUAGUGCGACCGCACCAAUCAUGUGCGGUCACACUGAGGUACCGAUCGGGCACCGUGACAGUAUUAUUCCCCCAUAAGGAGUAGGAUGUGAUAAUCUGCUCUGUUAAUGGAUUGAUCUUCCCGAAAUAAAAUUGGUGGCUGUCUCACAGAGGAGGCUGGAGCAUGCUCCAAAUUAAAGCUCAUUAAAAAAAAUCUUGAAAGAUAAUGAGUUUGAAAAGCGAGACUGAAUGUACAGGGUCCUUGCACCAUUACCACUUCAGCAAGCCAGGAAUUCCAAAGUAGUCUGCAAAGACUGAUGGUUGAUAUGUGCACAUUAUUUAGGGGUCUAUUCAGUAAACAUGGGGUUGAGAUAUUUUGACUUUUAUUUGCAACAUUUAGGACAAGAUCUCCAGGUCAUAUUAUUGAUACUGACCUCAUAUUGCAUUUGUUGGAGAUUAUUUUUCCCCCUUUAGUCUUCUGUGUAGUGUGUUGUAUGUCUUGUGUUUUGUAUCAGAUUGUAUAUAUCAUACAGGCUUGAAACUGCUGACAAAAGUUGUUUUCUGUAGAGACAUAGAUUUCUUGUUGAAAUUGAAAUCUAUUUGACACUGGGGAAAGUCCUAUGUAAAUGUUCUAAUAUGUGGGUUUAAAAAAAAAAAAAAAAAAAAUUUAGUUAUAAGACUUGUUAAAGGGACACUAUAGUCACCAGAACAACUACAGCUUACUGAAUUUGUUCUGGUGAGUAGAAUCAUUACCUUCAGGCUUUUUGUUGUAAACACUGUCUUUUCAAAGAAAAUGCAGUGUUUACAUUACAGCCAAGUGAUAACUUCACAGGCCACUCCUUAGAUGGCUGUUCGAGAUCCUUCCUGGGUCAUGGCUGCCUAAAAUGCAUCCAAACAUUCAGUAUCUCCUCCCUCUGCAUGCAGACACUGAACUUUCCUCAUAGAGAUUCAUUGAUUCAAUUCAUCUCUAUGAGGAGAUGCUGAUUAGCCAGGGCUGUGUUUGAAUCAUGCUGGCUCUGCCCCUGAUCUGCCUCUUUGUCAGUCUCAGCCAAUCCUAUGGGGAAGCAUUGUGAUUGGAUCAGGCUACCACUUCUGAUGAUGUCAGCAGACAGUUUGUUUUUCUGAGGCAAACAGCAUGCAGAUCUACAGCUUCAGUCUUGAAUACAGUAAGAUUUUGCUAUAUUUAUGGAGCCAUGAGGGACCCAUGGAGGCUAGAUGGUGGUUUUAACAUGAUAGGGUCAGGAAUACAUGUUUGUGUUCCUCACCCUAUAGUGAUCCUUUAACAAUGGAUGAGCGAAUUAGUCUAAAUGUAAUUUCUUGUCACAAAUCAGUGGCGACUCUUAAAACAAUGAGACCAGAUGUGUUUUAUUAUUAUUAUAUUUAUUUUUUUAUUACCGCAAUCAAUAUAUUGAGGGUGCACACAGAGUGUGAACCACUAUAUUUCCCUGCAGUCUGUUCCAGGGAUAUUGAAGAAUUUGUGUUUAACAGGGUUACUUACUUAAGCAAAAAUUCAAAGGGAAUUUUGCAUUAAAGGCCAGAGUAGCCGAACCGCAAGCUUAGCUGACUUAGAGAAUUUUUCAAGUUCAGCUAUCUUAACCUUAAAUAUGCACUACUCUUUGAAUCCACCUUGAAUUCUCUGUUUAGUGAAUAAGCCUGUAUGUGUUUAGCUAUGUACCGAGUCUGCCAGUUAAGCAUCACGUUCUUUUUCGGCUACACAACUGUUUGCAGCUGUUGAGAACUCUAAACUUACAAUUUGCAUUUCAGCUCUCUUCCCAGUAUGGCAUCAACGUUUGCGGAGAAGGAGGAGAGUACGAGACCCUCACCUUAGACUGUCCAUUGUUCAAAAAGAGAAUCGUUAUGUAAGUCAUGGGUGUUUUUUUUUUAUACACUUACAAGCUCUGUUAGUGGGCCAUUUAAUCUUUUGUUAGAAGAAGUAAGAGAUUGAAGACUGUGUGUUAGAUGAGAGACAGAUGAGUGAUUUUAUGUGAUCUGUGCAUUUUGAGAGACAGAAAAGCAUGCUUUGAGGUAUGUAUUCAGAAAAGUGAGACAUCUCACCCCGAGUCACAGAAUACUAGAAGUUGAAAUUGACUAGAUAAAUAUCUAUUUGUGGUCAGUAACAAAUAAGGCGUGCAAUUACAUGAUUUAAUAGGACAAGUCGGUAGCAGUGUGCCGAUACCGGUGUAAGGGUAGGCCUGUAAUAAAAAGAGGGCCCCCCAGGUAGAAUUAAGUUAAAGGAGAAAGGUGAGGUGGGUGGAAUGAACUGACCGGCAUGGCAAAGGUAAGCAGGGGGUGUGGGUUUUUAUAGAAACGCUAAACUCCUCCCACAAAUACAGGCCUUUAAACAUGUGAGUUUCAGAUUGUCAUCUUAGAGACUUAAUCCUACUAGCACCACAUAUAGGGUCAGUGUCUUAAAUGUGUGCAUUAACGGGUUGGCAUAUUUAAUACUCUUAUACAUGUAUAAUAAGAGACAGGACGGGAUUUGAGGUGAAACACCUGUCCUCUCUUUAUUGGAUCAGCUGUAGGAAGGUGUUGUAUCCAGAUAUCUGUGUAGUAAUUGUUUGAAGUAUGUGUACCUUAAUUGCCGAUGCUAGUAACAUACCUGUCAUGACUGUGUUAAAUGACCAACAACCAUAUAUUACGUGUUACAUCUGAAUUAAGGGUCCGAGAAAAGGUUCUGAUGUUUGCAAUGAGAAUGGAUAAGACACAUGUUCUGAUUGCUGUGAAUUAGGAGUAUAUAACACAUAGACAACCUGUCUGUUUGCUUUCGGCAUCCCACAUCCAUUAUAGAAUGGUAUUCGAGUGUUUCUUAUCACUUGUGUAUCUCCUGGCUAGUUAUUAUACUUCCAGUAUUAACAAGCUCUCGUUGUAGCUCCAGGCAACAGUACUGCAAGGCAAUCUUUGUUUCCUGUCUUACAUAUAUAAAAUCUGCUAUAUUAUAUAGUUAUCGCCCUUGUCCCUUUGUAUCUAAUUGAUCAGCCUAAUGUAUGUAAUCUGUUUUAUGUGACAUAUAUCAGUAAGCCAGGUUACUGUUUAUAAAAGGAAAGGUACUGCCUAGAAAUGAGAAGGUUUGUAUCAAUAGAAAUAUCAUGGUUUGUGGUUUUUACAUUCUCUGUACUUUGGAAAUUAGGUUUAAAAGAGACAAACUUUCUGUUGGCCUCAAAGCAUAGCAGGAGAAUUAUCUAAAUGUUCUGAAAAGUGUUUUAUUUUUUAGUCUCUAAAAUGAGCAUAUUUUUUAAAAUUGUUCUAAAAGGUGUCUGUCUUACUGUAACAAUAUUCUGCCAUUUGUCUCAGAUAUAUCCAUUUCAGAAAAGAACAGAACAAUUUUCUGGUAGACAAAGUGACGGAAAGAUUGAUAAUAUGUUGUAUUGCUUAAAAGAAUUGGCAAAAAAGCAGCAGUUAAAAAAAUCCUACAGAUUUCAUAAAAUGUGCUCAAUAAAAAAAAAAAAGGCUCAAAUCUUUCUCUUGAUGCAUCUCCCCCUAUAUAGAAUAGGUCAUUCUAUCUAUAGUAUUAUCUGUGUAAAAUGUUAUUUUGUCCCCAUAUUGCUGCCCAUCUUCCCUUUCUUGUGAUGUCACUCUGGAACAUCUUUUCGGAUCUCCUGUAAUGUCUUAACCUGGGAUUUCACGCUAGAGCAGGGGUGCCCAAAAGGUAGAUUCCCAGAUGUUUUACAACUACAGUUUCUGUAAUGCUUUGCCGCUCUCAAGGCAUGCAUAGUUUUAUGGGAGUUGUAGUUCUACAACAUCUGGGGGUCUACCUUUUUGGCACCCCUGAUUUCGAGUAUCUAAUCAUUUGCAUGUGAUGUCAUUCUGUAGCCUACAUGUUUGAUAACCUCUGAUGUCAUUCUUCCACAUGCUGUGUUAUCAUGUGAUAUCACUCAGAAACUGCUCUUUUUUUUGUCCUUGAUGUCACUCUGGAGCUCCUUUUCCGCUGCCCUGUGAUGUCAUUUAGCAGAAGAUCUUUUUUUCCAGCAUAUCUCUCUCCCUCUGUUACCCCUGUGAGAUUUCAUUCCUAGUGGUUUUUGCCCAGUGCUCAUUUUUUCAUUUGUUUUUUUCUGCUGCAGUGAUUCCUCCGAGGUGGUGAUGCACUCAAAUGAUGCUUUUGCGCCUGUCGCGUACCUUCAAUUAGUUAAGCUCCAUCUUGAAGAAAAAGUAGGUCACAUAGGUUUUACAGAGUUUAAUUCAAAACGUCUCACUGAAAACUGUCUCAAUUACAACCUGUCUCUCUGUCUGUUUCUGCCUAUCCAUCUUUGUCUAAUAUCAAAUAUGCAGACAUUUUAAUACAGAAACAACAAGACAGCUAGCGCACUCUCACAUUUUGUAAGGGAUGUUUUCUGUCAAAUGGAGAAAGCUUCUUUAACCCCUUAAGGACACAAGACAUGUGUGACAUGUCAUGAUUCCCUUUUAUUCCAGAAGUUUGGUCCUUAAGGGGUUAAAGGGACAUUACAGUCACCAGAACAACUUUAGCUUAAUGAAACCAUUUUAGUGUAUAGAUCAGGCUCACUGCUCAAUUCUCGGACAUUUAGGAGUUAAAUCACUUUGUUUGUGCAGCCCUACAUACAUUGCAGGGGUAUGAUCUGUACACUAAAACAACGUAAUUAAGUUAAAGUUGUUUUGGCGACUAUAGUGUCCCUUUAAUGGCAGUAACUACAGAUGGGAAAUAUAUCUCCCACUAAUCUAGGGCAACCACCGUGACAACGUCUGCUUUUAGAAGCGGUCAUGGAGCAAGGAAUUUGUAUGUGCUGCAUUUCUGCUGGAAAUGCUGCACUUUUGUGCCCGAGGCUACUUACACCCAUGGCACACCUGAUUUAGGCAGCCUGGAAUCCUGUUCUGAGCUGCCUAAUGUUAAUUAUGUCCAAAAUUACAUCUGUCGUAAACACUGGCGACUGACUUAACCAAAGCAGUGGACGUACAUAAUAAAAAAUAAUUAUAAUUUUUAAUAAUAAAAAAAAAGCACAAACACUUACCUACUCUGUACUUGUGUGAUGCAACUUUGCAGCUCUAAGGUGGUACAGCCGUGGACAUGCCCACUCACCUGCACAGAAAUGUCAUACGUGUGCAUGCACAUGGCACUGCCAAGGUUAAACUAAUUCACAUGGUGUACCUAGCUUGGCAUGUCAAUAAAAAUAAAAAAAAAGAUUUUUAAAUUAAUAGCACAGUUUAUGGCUAACGUUUAACUAGCCUUUUAGUUGUGCAGAAUUUCUACUAAUGACAAUUUUUUACUUAAAAUUCUCAACAUGUACUUGCAGACACAUCUGUUUUGAUAUGAUAUUAACCACAUCAUUCUCUGUCAGAGGUCAAGUGAUCUCAACACAUGUAAAUAAACUGCAAGCCAUGCAAAUUGUUGUGGUUGAUCUGACUGUGUUAACUGUUAUUCUAGGUUGGCGCCUUGGCUCUGGAUGUGGACGGAGAAUGCCCUUGCGUGGUUGACUGCUGUACAGACCCUUUUCCAGGUGUUGCAGAGCAGCAGCCUGUGAUUUGGGCACCACACGGACUGCCGUCAGUGCCAUCAUGUAGGUAUUGCUCCUCUGUCUCAUAACCCACAUACGUUAGUUGUAGAUGGAGGUUUUGAAAAUGGCGAGGCAGUGAGGGGAGUCUGAGAUCACAUGAAUACCAGACAUGUAGGCAUCACAGGAAAAUGUAGGAAAGGAAUCAUCAUAUAAAAUGUGGAAAAUCCAUGGUGAUGAGAUUAAUAAUAAAACGUUGUAAGUAACUUUGUAGAUUCUAAAGGAUCACCCUAAGCUACAUAACCAUUUCAUCUUACAAAAGUGUCUAUGGUGCAAAUACCCUUUCCCUGCAACCUAAUAAUUCUGGAGUUAAUUGCCACUGCCUAUUUUUUUUUUCUUCUUUAAUGUGUAGAGCAAUCUCCCUGGGCUUUCAUUCAGCUAGCCAGAAAUUCUCUUAUCCUGGUCGAAAAUAUCACUCUUUAACUCAUUAAUAAAAAAAAACACAAUUCAGUUCUGGUUUUUAACCUUUGUCUUUCCUAAGUGCAGAGGUCAUACUGGAAAAAAACACACACACAAGCUACUCUAUCGGGAAUUUAUGUCUUGUAAAUUUCAGAUCAUCAUGUGGAAUAUAACUCCUAUCAACCCCAUCCAGUGGUUGGCUGAGCCUGAUGAAGAGUUUUAGUCUGCAACAUAUUUAAAUAGCAAGUCACCAUUCUAACUGAGACAUAAAAUAUCAAGUUUAAAAUGGCAGUUGAACUAAUAUCGCCCUAGAGUAAGAUUUUACUCUUGUAUAUGAAUCCCUAAUCUCAAUAUAGCCACCAACGUAUAUGAGAACCUUUUAAUUGAAGAAUUACCCUCAAUACUUCCAUAAUGGAAGCAUCUGAUUGGCUCGUUCCCCGCACUAACAUGGAUGUGCUGGGCAUAAAGGGGAGGAACCUUUUAGCUGUUCUGCAAUUUUGUCCUGUAAAUCAGAUUUGAGGGGUUUCGGAUAUUUUUAGUAAAUUGUAUUCUUGAUUAAAUAAGCGACCGGAAGUAUAUAUAUGCAUAUCUACACAAUGGUUUGAAAACCUAAAGCUGUAUAGAGUCAAACUGCAUUGUGUGAGAUUUAUCACAGCCUCGUUAUUGCUGUCUUUAAGUGUUUAUUUAUAUUUUUAAAUCCAGUGAAUUGUACUGCAUCACUGCCUUAUUGGUGAUUUGACGUUUGUUUUUAGGUGAAAUCAGUUACUCCCAGUCUCCUGGUGGAUUCUUGUGGUUCCGUGGCAUCAUGUGCAGCGGGCAAAACGUAUGUGAUGCUUCUCAGAGAGGAUUUUCCGCACUAAAAGGUAUAUAUAGUUUUGGAUAUAAUAAGUUAUCAACUUCUUUCUUUCUGUCUGCUCUGUAUAGUCUAAUUGGUGUUAUUUAUCACACUGUCUUAUCUAGAGUCUGCCCAAGAUUAGUGGCUGUUGGAAUCUAAGGUCCGCAGCUGCCAACGUUGUUUUUUUCCAGCUCUCUACUAUUUGUGAUAUUAUAUUAGCUACUCUAAAACAUUGUUUAUAUAAUUUUUGAUCCAGGAUUUACUGUAUUUGAAAUGACCCCUGAAAAUUUGGGUUUAACCCCUGGAGUUGUUUUUUUUUUUUUGAAAUCCUGAUUUGUAUUAAUGAUUUCUUUUUAUUGCAACAGUAUUGUGUUUUUGUUUAGGUUAAGCACACAUCUUUCCUCCCUCAAAUCUGUUAUUAAGUAAGAAAAUAAAAAAAGCGACCGUUAUUCUUUAAGACAGGUUUAAAAAAACCAAAACAACGAAGGUGCCUUCGUUAUUUAUGUUGAUGCCGGCCAAAUUAAACACGAGUUCAUUGUUUGUGAAUUGGUUAAUGAGGUAUAUAACCCGGAUGGCAUGAUAACAAAGUAGGUUAAAGAAUAGUAAAUGGAUAUUAAUAAUUCGGGUGUGUUCCUUACUGUGUAUGAAUGUAGGAACAUGAUGCACUUCUAAUAAACCUUUAUUUAAUAAGCAAUUGUUUGUCAGUAGAAUGCACAAUGAUUGGCAAGGAGCCGUGUUAAUUCCUUAUGACUCACAUGGAUUAACACCAUAGUUCUUGUAGAAUUUAUUAGCUGACAAAUGUACCUAGAAUUAGGAGCAUGUCAAAGAUAGAAAAAAAUAUUAAAUAUACUUUUUUUUUUAAAUUUAAAUAAGCUGCUUGUCAAAUCUCUAAACGUUUAGAAACGUCAAUCCCAACCCUCAGGGUUUACCAACAGGUUAGUUUUUUAUUUUGGCAUAGCUCCCAGCAUUUCAGAUGUCCACUGAAGGGCACUUGUUUCAUGGUGGUGGUGGGGUGGAACUUGGGAUAACACAUCAUGGACUACAUUAGCUAAUUAUAGCUGUUGUAUUACCCCGAGGCUCUGAUCCAGUCCGAAACGCUUUUAAUAAAGAGUGUAGUUAGGGAGUGCUGACCGAUCAGCAGUGGUUCAGUCCAGUAUCUAGGCAUCUCCCAAUUGUGCAGUAUUAAGUGUCUUAUACCAUUAUAGACUAUUUUAGUGCCUAAACAUUAAAGACUACUUUUUUAACAAUUGUAAUUCUAUACCCUUAUUUUUGAGUUAUUUACUUUACGUAUGGGUAAACCUUUGGCAGGUUUUUGAGAGUUAGCAUCUGAGCAAGACUUUCUCUCAAUAUACCCGCUUUAAGGAUUUUUUCUCUUCAUAUAAUCCUAAAUUAUGUUGCCACUUAAUUCCCUUAGUGAUUGGGGCUCUCUGCAUUUAGGCAGUCCUGAUCUGGGAGAGCGUUUACAUUACAUACAGCUAGAUUUCUAUGUGACCUUUGGACUCUUGGUAUGAAUUGGAACAGAUUAUGCAAACAUACAUAUAACUAAUUUUUAUAUUCUGUUUACAUGAGCAUGCUAUAAAAUAAAAAUAAAAAAUAAAUGGUGUACAACAUCUGAUAGUAUAUGAUUUUUAUUCCAACUAAAUUCAGGCAUAAAGAGACUAGGACAGUAUCCCUAAGUAUAAUUCAAGUUGCUAACUGUUGUUACAGAGCACCACCCUUCUCCACUCCAUAGACUCAAAUCCCGAGGGAACACACAUGAGAUGUUGCAUAGCGGUACACAUCUAGUGGCUUUGCUCCUGCUUGCCCCCAUUUUGGAAGUUCGUGUGCCGAUGUUUUUAUCCAACCCCUUGCUGAUUUGGGCAUGUUGCUGAAACUCACAACAAAUAAUGUUGUUAAACUCUCAAUAUUGCUUCAGUGGAAAUCCUUUAGCCAUGUAACCACUAGAGGGACCAUUGCACAUGGAGAAGAUAUGUAGUACAAUAUUUUAUUGCGUCAGGACAAUUCACUGAACUGAUAUAAUAGAAGCAAACUUUACUAUGUCGAUCUCCAUUCUCUGAUCUGUUACUUCAGCAACUGCUCUCUUUUUCAUCUUUCCACCUCUAAGCUUUUAAUUGUUUUAUCUAUUAUACAUGUCCAUCUAUUCCACCCCACCCCACCCCACUCUUGCUUAGAAGUUCAUCAACUUCAACCUUUGACAUAUCAGUUACUGCUGUUGAACCAUAAGAAGGAAAAUAUAAAAACAAUUUGAAGAACCGCACUCAUUAAAUAUGAUAUCUUUGUUUUUACCAGUAACAAAUCCAGACCUUUUUACAAAUAUCUACAAAAUCUCUUUAGAAAGAGAUAACUCCUCCAUUUUUAAAAUAUCUAUUAUAUUACCAAUUAUCUAUAUUCUCAGCCUCAAGAAUGUACCUUAUUUAUGUGCGUGCAACAAAAAUUCAAAGGAUAGCACUCCUAGGACUUUAUUGUUUUAGAUUAAAUAAAAACAUUUCACCAGGACACUGUCCUAUUAUAUUACACACACAAGAUACCAAGUUAUCAACUACAAGUCCUUUGUGUAAAAUAAUUAUAACCAACCAUAGGCAGCCUAAAAAAUGAUAGUUGCCUCCACAAAAAUGGUUACCUAAUUAGAUCAUGGAACAUCAUGGAAGUUGUAGAUAGUUGUAGAUACCUGAUGUAGGACAUUAAUAGUGAUAUCAAUUUCAGGUCAACUAUUAUCAUUGAUGUUCAGGUUGAGAAACCUAUUAUCUCGUUGGGUUUGUGGACUUAUGUUUUUUUAAUUUAAGUGCAUGUUACAUUCUUGCAGUUCGGAUUGAGGAGCUGGGAUUCAAGAUGAAAGACGCUGUACUGGUCCAUCUCUAUAUGAGAGACAUGGAGGAUUUUGCUGCUAUAAACAGUGUAUACAAAACUCUUUUCCCGGAGGCUCCACCUGCUCGGUAAGUGUAGACAACUGCCUGUAGUGUAUAUAUUGGUAUCUUUUGAAGGAGGAAUUCAAGGUGAGACUUGCUCCUUUGUUUUGAGUUUGUACAUCGUCUUGUUUUGGCCUUGGCCAGAGUUCUAGACCAUGCUGGCUCUGUAAUCCGUGUUCUGUGUUCUAAGCAUCUUUUGCAUUUUAUCAUUAUUUGCAGCCGUCCUGGGGACAGACAUAGCUGUUUGUGGUCAGGGAUAUGUGAGCAAUAAGUCAUUUUAUUUUUCAUGCUUUCUUCUUCUGUAGGGUAUGCGUACAGUGCUCCCUCUCUGGGGAUACUCUCUUUCAGUUGGAUGGUCUGUUCUGGAAUUUGGUGCCUGAAGUUUGCAGUGAUGACUACACACCAGAGAAGAUAGCCAUGCAUGUUCAAAGUAUCUCUCACUGGGCCCCGGCUAAUAUCGGACCUUACAGCCAGGCCGUAUGGGUAAGCAACGCUUAGUGUCAGUAACAGAAUUCGAGGCAAACUGGAAAGGACAUGUGUCGCUUAUCACAGAGAUUUAUUGUAUUCAGGCAGUGUCAUAAAUAGUCUGCUCUAUGUUGCAGGAGGGGACUAGAAACACUGUGAGAAUGGGGAUGCGCAGGCAAAUGAAACCUGGACAGAAUAGUGACAGGGGUAAAGCAGUUUAGUAUGACACGUUUCCUUAUUCUGUCCCCUUGGGGUUUUUUCUCUGCCAGUGACUCCUGUCUGAGAAAAUAUGACACCUCUUCUUACCAAAAGAUUAUAAUCUGCUGCCCAGACUCUCGAGAGCAUGUCUUAUUAAUAUAUCAAAUAUUUAAGUUCAUAGUAUCUAUGGCAUGUGGGUCUCGUACAUCCAGUGUAUGAUCAUCUCAGUAGGGUAACCGUACUAUAAUAGUAUCAGUGAACAUCUGUUAACAUCUGUUGUAUGAGAGUAUCACAAAUAUAGAAGAUCCUCAAUUAUAAUCAAACAGGAGUCAUCAUUGACUGUUUAUAAGAUGCACCUGGUAUAUGUUCUGGCAUUGCUGUUUUUGUAUCCAACGGUUGAACUCUUUGGAUUCUAAGUCUCUCAAAACAAGUGAUAACCAUAUGGUUUUCUGUACCAUAUAUUAAGGGGAAGAAAUUAUCGACUAUCAAGGGAGAUUUGGAACCCUAUCCUAUGGUGCCACCCAGUGCUCAAAUUAUUGUACUACAGUGCUCAGCAGCAUACAGGGCUUGACAGAGUUGGGAGGGGGUCUUUAGGAUAUGACAGCCCUGGGAAGAGACUGUCCCUUCGGCAUCACUCAUUCAGACAUCUUGCCCUUUAGCUGACGUUCUUCCAAUUCCUUGAAAUUACAUGGAUUAGAGUGAGGAUCUUAAUGCGGGGCGAUGGGGUUUGUCACUAUUUCCAGUGUCCUGGAAGGGGACCCAUGUCCCCAGCGGGCAGGUCACCGAAGGCACCUUGGCAGAAGUAAUGCCCCUCACAAAGCCCCCACCCCCUUGUGUUGGAGACGAGAAGAAGCUUGCAGUGCACAAGAUACCAGGAGGAAGAAAGGAAUCCUACUCUUUAACAGCUUCAAUGCCAGAGGGAAGCCAUAUUAAGCAUGUCACUGCGGGAAUUAAAGUGCAGUUAUGACAAGUUAUUAAGGUGUAUAAUAAUGUAAAACUGAACGAACAUACACUUCGCUAUUACACGUCUACCCCCAUCCAUAUAUAUAUAUAUAUAUAUGUGUAAUUUGUUAUAAAGUGGCAAUUAAUUCCAAUACAAACUUGUCCUGAGUUAAUUUUGCACUCACAUACUUUGUGUGUUUUGUGUGUGUUUAUACCGAUAUAUUGAUAAAAAUAUAUUUAUUUUAUUUAUUUAUUUAUUUUUAAUCAUUUGCGUCUUUUCAGAAUAAGCAUUGAUUUGUAAGAAGGCUUAUCGGUUUAUUUAUUAUCUCUCUCUUUCCGCUGAUGUCACAGUUAGGAAAAUCCCUUGUAAAGUAUUCGGUAUAAUUUAUGUCAUCUUUGUUUUGUACAUUUAUUGUCAUGUGCCAGCCAGAGAGGGCACGUACUCUUACGAACUCACUACAAACUUAAUGUAAUUUUCAUAAUCUGACAAAUGGAUGUGAUUGGACCUGUUUUUCCAUUCACACAGGCUUUGUCUAUAAUAUUACUGCCCAAUAGAGUUUAAUUUUGCAGGAAUCUGGUCAAAAAGGACGACGAGGGAAGGAUGACCUGGCUCAUUUUUAUUUCUUCAUUUCACCGUAAUAGUAGUGCAGAUCUGCAGCUACCAAAAUUGGGGAACAACUUUAUAGUUAGUGAACUCUGAAAGAGUUUAUAAAGCCAUGAGCUUUUCUAUCAUUGAAAGAGCUAUUUCUGCAAGAGACAGUGAGCUGCUUGUGAAAAGGCCCUUGUAUAUACAUUGUGUUUAUAUUUGGGAGGACAGAAUAUUGCUCAGUGUAUUUUAGAUUAUUCAGAUUGAACCUGGGGAGAUCUGUGGACUUGCAUCUCUUACUGCAAAAAAACAGCUGUUUAGCAAUACAUGCAUUCCCUUCAUUUAGGAAGAGCAAGAGAAACUAAAGUUUUACACAUUCUCUGAAGCUGUGUACAGGACAGACUCGUUAUUCGCAGCAGUUAGUGGCCGUGUCGUGAGUUAUUUGGUGCAUAAGUCUGGUCAUGCAGACAACACUGUAAAUGGCAGUACUCUGGUUCUGUGUUUAUUUUGGGCUACUCCCGCAUAGAUUGUAAGCUCUUGGGGGCACAUUCGUCAUGGCCUGGUUGUGGCACACUGUAAUGUGUGAGUUUUACAUCUGUACGAAACAGAAAUAUUGUUUGGUUUUUUUCUCCUGGAGAUGGCACCCAGGGAAGCACUGCAGGGGUGGGUGGGGGAGAGAAGGGGGGGCCACACUUCAUUCAGAUUGGGGGAGGGAGGGGGACUACAUUUUUGGUUUUCUGAGCGACUGCUCCUGACCUUGAUAGCGUUCACAAAGCGGAGCUCGUGCAGGAGAAAAAGAGGGUAAUCACCGCCGCGUGGACAAAGCGAAGGUGACAGCGCUGCCUGGCCUGCACAGCAUAUCCAGCAUAGAGGAAUUCACCAUUCAGACAGGCAAACAGAGCGGUACUCGGCACCACCCAGCAGCGCACACAUAGCGAGUGUUACUUCCACCUGAGCAACCUGCGACAUCUCAAAAUCAACUGAGAUUUGUAUGUGGGAGGGGCACCGCCAUUAUAUAACAAUAUACAAUAUCUCUAUGGCUGUGUGCAAUCCUAUCUUAAUACCUAUACAUACGUGUGUGUAUAUAAAGCUGUAUACAUAAUAUUGCAGCUUAGGUCUUGAUCCUGCCGUUCUACCUUGUUAAGAAUUUGUAGGUCAAUAAAAGUUGGAGGAAUGUAGGUUUUUUAGCGUUAAUUCAUUCAAUGCGAACUUGUAAGGAACCGACUGGGGGGAAUUUUUCCAAUUUUCAGUUUUUUGGCCAUUUCACAGCAUUAAGAGGUGCAGCGAAUAGUCCUGACUGUAGAGUUGGUGUAGGAAGAGUGGUCCUAUCUAAGAUUCUUGUGGUUGUUUUGAAGUGCGGAGUGCUUUCUUUUUACGUGAUGGCUCCCUGCAGGGCUGCCUCUAUUACUCUAAUUACUGACAGGAUUAUCACACACUGUGUGGUUAGAGGCUCCCUAAUCCCGUUAGGGAUCUGAUGAGGGAGGUUACAGCCUUCAUCGAUUUCAGUUGUAUUCAAGGUCGAGGGUUAUGUCUCCUGGGGGAGACACUUACAAGCGCAGCAUGCACGCACACCUAAUCAUGGCUACUUAUGCCUGAUAUUUUUGUUUAGGCAUAGGUAGCUAACCGCUUCCAUGCUGUAAACACCCUGAAAUUAUUUAACCAGUGACCUUCCCCGAACUGGACUAGAAUACGUGUUUUGCCAUUAAUUAGCUACAAAUAACUCCGGUUUCCUUUAUUUACUGUGACAGUUGUGUGUCUGUAAACGUAACCUUUGCACAUUCUGUGUGAUGUUUAAUGCUUCUGCUGCCAGACAGGCUUCCUGAGAGGUUCAUUUACAGCGCUGACAUCAAUUUUACCUCUUUUCUGUCGUCCUCUUUUUUUCUGUUCCACGUGAAUUUGGAUCCCUGCAGGGAGCACAGCCUCUGUGUCACUCAGUAUGCAGAAUAAUGCACGCUGGGCCCUGCAGUGGGAGCUACAGUUAAAAAAUAAAAUUAAAAAAUGCUGUUUUUCUUAUUGAAUAUUGGGCGCCCUAUGACCCCUUGAUUAGUGCAGCAGCCCCAGGCACUGCACUGCAUUCAUAAGGUGGAUUCAGGUUAUUGGCUAUUGAUAUAGAUCAGGGUUAGUUACAGACAGCUGAUCCAUGCAAGGUCUGUAUGCAAGGAGUGAAAGCUUAAUGACUUAAUGGUAUAAUUUCUCUCCCGCCCUGGGAAUUGUGAAUGAUGUGUAAUGUGCGAUCUCAUCUGUGUUGAACAGAAUGGCAGACUACAUUGUGUUCAUAUAACUACACUUAUAUAAAUAUGAUGACAAAUAUGUGAAUCUGUAAAAAGUCUAGAUCUGGAUAUAUACAAGUAUAAAUGCGAUUUUCCGUGUCACAUUGUGAAUAGUAUUAUACAAAGCCCAUGUGAAUCCACUGCUGUGCAUUAUCAGAGUGAAUGGUUGGUGCAAUGACCACAUACAAGUGUCCUGUUGUGCUAAAGUGGGACUACCAUUGGUAGGAAGUGUAAAUUUUUCUCCUGAGGCCCAGUAAACAAUGAGUUGCUUACUGUAAUAAAUUGCCUUCCUCUUUACCUUAUGAUACUGAGAAGAAUCCAGUGAUAUUUUUUUUUUCUCUUCAAAAUAUAUAUUAAAGGGACACCGUAGCCUCUGUAAUUGUGCGUCGUCUCGUUGAAGUGGUUAUAGUAUCUGGAGUUGCCUGGCGCCGUCCUUCCAUUCAUUUCACUUUUUCGCAGAGCUAUUCUAGGUUAUGUAAAGCGGUAUUAAAAUAUUGUAUUAAAGCAAUGGAUUAAUAAAAAAAAUGAAUAGUGAUUUAAUUUUUUAAUUUUUUUAAAAAAAAAUUUAAGUAUGAUUUUGACGUGAUUUUACUUUUUAUUUGAUGCCUUUUACCUGUCCUAGAAAAUAAAUAAUGUAUGUGCCAGUUAAAUAAGGUUUGUGAAUUUGGUGUAAGUGAUAUAAUAUAGAGUGCAUAUAACCUCUUAAAAUAGCAUAAUAUGUAAAUAAAAACUAAAAAAUAUGAGUACACAGAGAGAGAGAAGGACCGUUCUAUGGUGAACAUAUUGCAACAUCGGUAGCGUGUCGAUACAUCCGGGGAAGUAAAAGUUUAAGGCGUCUAGGUUUGUUUAUUUUUGUAUUAUGCUGUGGGUUUAUAGAUCAUAUUGAUGAUGAUUAUCCUUUUGUCCUUCCAGGUUGGCUCUGCAAUAUUCUGUGCUGGACAGAUCGCGCUCAAGCCCUGCUCCAUGCAGCUGGUUUCAGGAGGAAUUGCAGUGGAAGCCGUUGUCUCACUGCGCCAUGUGGACAGAGUGCUGGACGCUGUACGUCCUGGGACAUCUCUGAGCCACGUGCUGCUCGCUCACUGCUAUGUGACACAAAGCUCUUACAUACCCACUGCCGUGGCAGCGUGGCAAAAAACACAAGGGGUAAAAGAACCUUUUAUACUUUUUUUUCCCCCUUCUCUUGUACUUUUACUGGCGUGUGAUUGAAAAUAACAUGUUAAGAGUACAUUGGGACAAAAACAACUAUAUGUGGAGAAAUAGCUCACUCAGCUUCUAUUGUUAUACAUGAAAAAUUGAGAAAGAAGUUAAAAGAGCGAACAGUAUAGAAAGAAAGAAUAGGACAAAGGGAAGAGAUGUUCAACAAGAUUCUUUGCACUGUGCCAUAAAGCAGAACCAUGAUAGAAUGUGAAGCAUCUCAACUGGUGUUUGAAGAAUCAACAGUUGGUUGACUUGAUUCGUUGUGGUCUAGGACAAUGGUUACCAACCCAGUCCUCAUGGCCCACUAACAAUCCAGUAUUUAUGUAUUUCCUUUUUUCCCCAAUGGGGAUACUGACAAAACCUGGACUGUUCGUGGGCCAUGAGAACGACUGGUUUGGGGAAAACUGGUCUUGUCUGAUUCCCUUACUUGGUUAAUUGCAUAUCGUUUUUUCCGCUAUCUGUAUUAAUUGUGUGUGUUAGACACCCCAAAGAAAUGAGAGCUCCUUUUCUGGCACAAUCUAUUGCUUUAAUCCCUCCAGGGUUCAUCGUCUAAGCUCACUGGGUGUUUCCUAAUUAUCGCUGUACCUUAACAUCCUAGUGCUGAUUAUAUGUAACUAUCAACUAUUAGAUCAUCAACUCAAUGACUUCUGAUUUCUUGGGGAAAACAUAUCAUAGUUUUAAUACUGGCAUUAUUUUUCAUUGACACAGGAUAAUCCUAUUUGGUUUGUAUCAGUUCCAGAGAUUAAAGUGCUAAUUUAUCAAUGGCUAGGUACAUCUGACAGCUGGUAGGGUGCUCUUCCUGGUUGAUUUGUGCCCCAACACAAAGCAGAAGGAAGUGCUUCCCAAACUAUGAGAAGCAUUGCCAGCUGUGUAACCUGUGUUCCAAUGUUUCUCUAAGAGAAUAAUUGGAUUUUCCAGUAAUUCAUCAGUAUAACUGAAUUCAUUUAAAAUAACAUUGGUAUUUGCCUUUAAUGGAAUUAUAAUUUUGUGUGUGGUUUGUGCUAGUCAAAUAUCCAGCAUAUGCAGAGAUAAAAGCUAGAUAGAGUGUCUGGUCUCCCCGUGGUACCGCCAGGGAUCCGUCUGCACCCCACCGGAAUAUAACUGCAGCAUCUCUUAGCCUUCUGGCCAUUGGUGCAAGUUGUCUCCGCUCUACCAGGGCUGCGAACGGGAGGUCACCGUGCUACCCUCUAACUGCACACUACCUAAGUCUCGGGUAUCUUUCGUGACCACUAUAGUGACUCUUGGUGAUUCCGCUGGAGCUGUUGCGGCUUUGCAGAUUCUGAACGUGGAUAUUAUCAUACCGGACUCAGUGCUCCCCCCAUUCCCAUUCCAGUUAGUAGGCGAUAUAUGUACGUCAACAGGGCUUCGCCUCCAAUGGUCUCUGGUAUGCCUUGGAUGCGGAUGUUCCGCCUCCUAAUCUGGGCCUCCAGCGUCGUGACAGUCCGCGUGAGCUCCUGGACCUGUGAAUUAAGGUCCUGUACAGCGUCUCUGGAGAGCUGUUGCUGAGUGUCUCUUGCGCUCUCUCUGGGUUCCACCUCAAUAAGCCUCUUCUGGAUAUCUCCCACCUCCUUCCUUGUGUUCCGCAUGUCUGCCGUUCACACCUCCCGCAUUUCUUCUAAGAGGUCUCUAAUGUCCCUCUUCGUCACGGAGGAUGAUUCCUCUUCCAAUUCGGAAGCUUAAUAUUGGAUCCCAUCUUCUGCCGGAGGUGAGGUAAGGCUUUCUUUAUCUUUGUGGGAGAAUCUUCCGAGGCCUCCUCCUCGCUGGGUGCCUCGGGCACCAUUUUGGCAGGUGCUGGCGGAGUAGGCCUCACAUAGGACAGCCGAAUGUCCAGUGUUUUAUGUGUCUCCAGAAGGCGGUAUUUCCUAUUUUUUCGUCCUAUUACAGUCUCUGUGUGGGAGGCUCGUUUACUGCCGUUUGAGGGACCCAUAUUCGGGUUUUUAGUCUCUUUUGUUAGUCUCUGGUACGGAACUCCCCAAAAACACUCAAACACAGACAUGCUGACACUCACACACUCACACACUGACAUACUGAGACACAGAUAUACUGACACACACACACACAUAUGCUGACACACAAACACAUAUAUAAUGACACACACAAGCAUACUAACACACACCAAGUUUACACUUUAAAACCCACCCUCCAGUUUCCUACCUUUCCUGCUGGUGGCUGAAGGUGUUGGGAGGUGGGAUCUGUCUCUCACGGCCAGCCACCCUCCACUCUGUCUACUCUUCUUUCCCGCACGCUCCUCUCUUUGUGGGAGGAAGUGAUGCACGGCUAUCCCUUCCUCCCAGCCUGCUGCCGAAAAGCAAGGGGCUCGCUCGCGCUGUUAAAGCGCCUUAGCGCACGACCAGACCCCUGCUGACAGAAGCCCACCGGGUGGCCCUUUGUGCAUGGGCCAGCCAGUGGGCCUCCUUAGUGUGCGGAUUGCCGGCCAGGGGGUGAGAAAUAGUCGAGGCCAGCGGGGCUCACGGUGCAGCUGCCCCGUUUGCCCUGCGUUAAAGACGGCCCUGCGUAUAUGAGCUAUUAUAUUGUAUAUGUUCAUGAGUAGUUUAUGGUAUUGUGUACAUAUGAAUGUAAGCUGUGUAUGGGGGCUGCUUGUUGAAUUGUGUGUGUGGAUGGAUAUGUCACAUUGUGUGUUUGGUAGUGUGUGGGGGCUUAUUGGGGUAUUGCAUGUGAGAGGCUGCAUAUGGGGUUGUGUGCAUGAAUGUGGAUUGUUAGUGGUGUUGCGGAUUGUGUGUAUGUUUGUGUGUGGGCUGUCCGUACUAUUUUUAUGAGGGGAGGGCUAUUCUGCAGCUCUGUGUAUAUCUAGCAGUGUGGGUGACUUCCCUGGGUUCCAGUGGGGACCAGGCCGGCCAGGUACAUGUCAAGGACAGGAGCUGCAACAGCAGCUGCGUGCUGCUCUACUACGGUGUGGAUUCCUAUUCACAAGUGCUGGGAGGAAGUGAUCUGAGAUCACUUCCUCUACGUGCUGCAAUGCAUAAAUUGAGGAUUGUCCUUCACCACCUUUUCUGAUUAGCAGAUAUCUGAAGUUUUACUGGGACUCCUGGUAGGCCAGAGCCUGUUUGGCUCUAGCAGCCUUGAGUGCCGUGCAAAGGCACCUCGAGUGCUGCGCAUGGCACUAGUGCCGUAGGUUGCCUACCCCUAAUCUAAGGUAUUAAAAUACCUUACUGAUACAGUCAUUCAGUAAGGAUCUCUAGAAUACUGUUAGGAAUGUCUCACGGAUUAAUGAUCUUAAAACUAUUGCUUCUCUUUGAAACUACUCCUCUUUUAAUAGUCCUACUAUUACUAAUUAUAUGACUUCUAUUAAUACAAAUACUUUGUCUUUUAAAGGAAAGUUGUUUUGGAACAUUCUUUUGCCAGUAUGCCUCCACAGUAGAUAUGCCGUUUAUAAUUACGUUGGGAGAUAUUUCUUUUUUCCCUCAUCCUGCAGUAGUUCUAGAACAGUGAUUUGAGAAACAUUUGGGACCUGACAGAAUCCUGACGAAUGAUUUUGUUACCUACUUGGGCCACUAUGAGAAUGUGUGUGUGUUGUUUUUGAUUGACCCCCCUCUUCUCCCAUAAACAUGUCCCGAUUCCUUGAGCUAUAAGAGGUUCUGCUCUCAUCACAGUCCAGUUUAUAUUGGCUAUUGGGCUCAUUCUAAUUGUCCCCUUGUCUCUUUACUGUGGACACAAGGAGAAAAUUGUGCACUGCUGAUUGAGAAGCGUUUGCUAUUCUACAAAUUGACAGCUAUCCUGUGGACCUGUCAUUCUUCUGUCAUUUCUGUUAUUAGAUCACCUGACUGCAGGGGACAAGUAUCUGUCUGCCGUGUAACCUUUAGAAGUGCUUAGUGGGUUAAAAGCCAUCCACCCGUCUACAACACAAUAUUCACAUUUCAUUUGGAAACCGUCACUGUCGUGAUACCCCCUAACUUGGUAACCAAGCUUAUAAUCCCUGAAAAACGUCAAUGUAAGGGACAAUCAACAUAAAAAAAGAUUAUGUUCGAAUUAAAUGUCUGAUUGUAUCACCUUGAUCAGUGAUCCUGCUGUUUUCUUGCAGGCACUAUUAUUGAUUUAGAUUCUCAGUAUUGGGUUUCUCUACACGCAAUUGCUUUUCCUAAUGUAAAUUCAAAGCCUGAAGUGUGCCUUUUAUGCAAACAUGACUUAGUGGCACGUUUUAUAUAAUGCUUUUUGACUAUAUGUCGCAUCAGACCAAUUGGCAGAAAAUAUUUUGAUACAGCGCUAUUCCGUACUUAAAGGACCACUAUAGUGCCAGGAAAACAUACUCGUUUUCCUGGCACUAUAGUGCCCUGAGGGUGCCCCCACCCUCAGGGUCCCCCUCCCGCUGGGCUGGAUGGAGAUGAAGGGGUUAAACUUACCUCUUUCUCCAGCGCUCUCCUCCUCCUCUCCUCCCUCCUCUCCUUCCUCUUCAGGCUGAAUGCGCAUGAGCGGCAGGAGCUGCACGCGCAUUCAGCCAGUCCAUAGGAAAGCAUUCACAAUUCUUUCAUAUGGAUGCUGGCGUCUUCUCACUGUGAUUUUCACAGUGAGAAACGCGGAAGCCCUCUAGCGGCUGUCAAUGAGACAGCCACUAGAGGCUGGAUUAACCCUAACAUAAACAUAGCAGCUUCUCUGAAACUGCUAUGUUUACAGCAGAAAGGGUUAACCCUAGAUGGACCAGGCACCCAGACCACCUCAUUAAGCUGAAGUGGUCUGGGUGCCUAUAGUGGCCCUUUAAUGUUUCGUUACCUCGGCAUAGAGAUUUGCAAUGUAUCAAUUAAAUUGCACUAACAGAUAUGUAAUGUAUCAAUGAAGUACCCACACAUGAAAAUCUGUCAAUUUCAAUUUUAUUCUUGGGAUAGUUGAUAAGUGUAUAUUAUGGCUAAUUUGAUGUAUCACGGGGACAAUAAAACUUGUUUAGUCCCUUUUGCAACCUUGGAUCCUUUUAAUCGAAAAAUAAAUAAAUAAAUACACUGGUAGCCUUUUCCAAGCUGCCAAACUCCAGAAACUUUUUGUUGUUGUUUUGUUAUGCUUGUAUAGUCUGAAAGACGUAUUAAAACUAUUUGAAAAGAAACGUGUCAAUGAUACAAAUGUGGAGAGCUUUCCACAUAAUUGUAAUAUUGAAUCUAUUCUUCAUUGUACUCAAUGAGCUCUAAAUCAGUUCUAAUCCAUUUUUGAUACGGUUUGUGCUAUUGCAGAUUGGUGGGAGAUGGUGUGUUGUAGAAGAAUAACUUUGUGAUGGUUUUCAUUGAAUUAGGGACUGAUUAUUGUCUCUGGUUAAAGGGAGCCCUGGCCACCUGAAAAUUAGCACGUCUUACUAAGAGGAGACACAACAGAAUAUAUAUCUGAGCUCUUUACAGUAGUAUGACACAUCAGGCACUGCGUUGUAUUCUGAUACCAACGUUAGAUCUCUCAGGUUCCUCUGAUUUUGUGCCAUGCAAAGUAAUGUGACUAUGCUUUGUCUACAGGAUUGUGUCUCGUGCCUGUCCGUUAUUGUAGUGCCGAAACUUCCCCGUGGGGCUGCUGUGGAAUGGCACGUGUUGGCUGCAGUAAGCGAUCCUUUCAGUAGAAGAUGCAUCUCCGUGGCCGAGCAAAGUGCAAGCUUCCAAGCCAAGCUGUAUGGCGUUGUGUCUAGCUGUAUGUCCAGUGCCUCGUUCACAGUUUCUCUAUGUGUGCCUACACCUGGGGCCUCUUAUCAGGACUGGUCCCCUGCUUGUGAUAUCCUACGCACUGUACUUAGCAAAGCAAUAGCAGAUCUUCCCAUCGAGGCUUCCCUCACACCUCUCUGCUGCAGGACGUUCUACAAAGGUGAAGAUGUGGAGGCACAAGGUCUGCACGCAGGUAAGGCAUACAUUGUAAAUGUGGGAAAUGCUUAAUUGUAUCCUAAGAUAGUUACAUAAAACUCUUAAACACCACUAAAACACUUCAUAAAAUGUUACAUCUCUAAGGUGGAAUCAGAAACUCAAAACAACUAUGGAACAUAUUCUCAGAUGAUAUCUAAAGUUCUCACCAAUAAAUAAAUAGAUCAUGCAGGUAGUGGGCAAAAUGUGAAUAAAUCAAUAAGGACAGUAGGAAUGUUUCUGGGUUAUGGCGUUUCUGGGUUAUUUCUUCCUACCUCCCACUAAUGCAUCUUUCUUGAUGGAAACAUUUCCUUACCGCCCACCAGUUUUCACGCAAGUGCAGAAUAUUUUUUAGAAAGGAGGGAGUUUAAAAUAAAUAAAUAAAUGUACGUACAUUUAUCUUUUUAUUUCUACUUAAUGCAUGUUUAUAAUGCUUUUAACUUUAUAAAGUUUAAUGAGAAAACAAUAAAGUAAAUUGAAAUUACCUUUAACUAGUGAUUAAUGAGAUCCUUGAGGUUGAUGCUGUGAGACUAAAUAAUUGAUAUCUGGUUCGAUUUUCGUAAGGAACAAACGAAGGUCUCCUCUUUCGGUGAUAUUCAGACGAUUUCUCUGUUUGCGCAUAAUAUGAUUUCUCAUCUCCCCUCCUCUCCCUCCUCAAUUCCGCUCCCCACCUUUAUUUUUUCCUUUUUUUAUUUUUUUAACCUUACUUAUAGCAAUGCCCAGUAGGAAGGCUGAGCUAGGUAGCCCACUUACUAUAGCCCACUAUAACAGACAGGCACACAUACAUACAGACACACACACAAGACACCCAUACAUACAAAGACACAUACAUACAAACAGACAGGCACACACAUACAGGCACACAUACACACACACACGACACAUACAUACAAACAUACAGGCACACAUACAGACACACACACACACACGACACAUACAUACAAACAUACAGGCACACAUACAGACACACCCACACACACGACACAUACAUACAAACAUACAGGCACACAUACAGACACACACACACGACACAUACAAACAUACAGGCACACAUACAGACACACACACACACACAGACAUGCACACAUAAGACAGACAUACAUACAAAGACACACACACAUACAUACAGACACAUCAUACAUAAGACACACACAUACAAAGACAAGACACACAUACACAAGACAUAUAUACAAAGACACGUUCAUAAGACACACAUACAUACAAAGACACAUACACACACAAAACAUACAUACAAAGACACACACACACACAAACAAACACACACAUAUUUCAGUCACCCUCCUGUUUCCUACCUUUAACGUGCAGGAGGGUGACAUUCCCUGGGGUCCAGUGGUGGCUCUCAGUGUUAGCUGGGAGGAGUGACGUGCAGUCACUUCCUCCCAGCUCUGUGAUGUAAUCACAGGGGGCCCGGUCGCGCUGUUAAAGCGCCCAGCGAUUUGCCGCCCGGGCCGGGGCCGCAGAUGGUGAUGGAGGUACCCGGUCGCAGGGGUACCGCCGGCUCGCACAAGCCCACCCAAUCUUUCCAAAUGAGGAAAUCCCUACCGCUCACCUGGAAUCCUGAAACGCCCAUUAGUGGGCGGUAGGGACCAGGUUGACGACCCAUGGCGUAAGCAGUAUUAAAGGAAUGUGCAUCCCUUUCAAACAACUGUCUUCUUUAAAAGCUUUAGCUUGAAUGAGACUGUUACCUCAGUCUGCAGGCUGAAAAAAGCAGGUAAAUAUGAUUUUUUUUAUUUUUACAUGCUUCUUCUUUCUUAUGCUUUCCACACCCACUCCACAUGGGAGCACAGAUCUAACCAAUUAGUAGCCUAUCCCUAGGAAUGCUGGAAAGGUGCAUUGGGCAUGCCUGACAGAUUUACACAUGUGCAGUUGGAAGAUAUCUUAACUGUGCAACUGUCACGGGAGUCUUACCGCAACACACAGGAUCGUGAAAACCCCCAAAAGGGGGAUCCGAAAGACGUAUUACCGAGCCUUAGAAUGGCCGGACUUAACUUAUUGAAACCGCAAGAAACAAGGUCAGGGUAAGCCAAGGUCAGGAAUACAGAAAUACACAGAGAAUAUACAAAGCCGGGUCAGGAUACCAGAAAACUACGAGUCGAAUAUGAAGCCGAGUCAGGAUACCAGAAAUCACAAGUCAAGUACGAGCCGUGGUCAAUAACAGGAAUACAACAAGAGAGACUUAUAAAUAGUACUAACGAGUAUCAGGACAGAAACUACGAUAGGACAAUGAGUAAGGCUUAGAACAGGCCUUAAAUAGGUUCAGAAGAGUUUCUAUUGGUCCACGUCAUCUCUGCGACCCCAGACAGCAUGGGGUUGCCUAGAUGAUACGGUCCCUUUAAGGGCAUGACAUCAUGGGAAUAAUUUUAUUAAAGGAGCUGCAGUUCAGCCCGCGAACCAGCAGAGGGAGACGUUCACGGGACCCAAGGUGAGUAUACUAUUUAUGGCCACGCGGCCUGAGGACUGCAGGAGCGCGGUCACACAGUGUGUUCUGCCUAUGUGGCCUGAGGAAAGGAGUGAAGCGGGCACCAGGUACAGUUAAGUUUGUGACAGCAACAUUCUGACAAGGGGAGAAGAGAGGGAGUCUGAUCAGUGUAAUUCAUGUAGAACAUACUCUGGUGUCGGGUUUGUCUCUCCUGCUGCUGCAUGGUGAUGCCCUGUUUCUGUCAUUAGUGGACAAAUCUGAAACUGUGAUGGUUAAGUAAAACUCCACUAGUUGAGAGGUGUGCCCAACAAUGCAAUCUGACCAAGUUUAUUUUCAAAGUUUAUCUUGCUUUAUCUUAGUUUGUAUAUUUGUUUUAAAAUGUUUGUUUGUGUAAACAAAUUGUCAAGUUAUGCAUGUCCCUGUAGAAAGAUCUAACUUGUGAGGAAAAGACACGCAAAGGGCAAGUGUAGUGAGUUAAGUAAAACCCAGGAAGACCAAAUAAAGGCAGGGAUGUUGGGCCCAGAAAGAGCAAGUGUAAAUAAUAAAAUACAUUGUAUGUGAAUAUCUAUGCAUUAUGAUGUGGUGUCGUGAGGUCUGUUACCCUUGUGGUACAUGCUCCAAGUCUAUAUUCUGUGAUAUAGAGGUUAUCAGGGGUGAGACAUACAGAGCUGGAGAAAGGUAAUCUGGAAAUCAACUUGCAAAGCUCUGUUCUGAUCUGGUGCCUGACUGGGUGUGGACUGUCUGUGUUCAUAGUCACUGUGGUGGUGCCAGCACUAUGAGGUUUUACUGCAGACAGAAAGAGACUUGUGACAGGCGAGAUACGAUUAGUAAAGCUUUCAACUGUAGCUCAUUUCCAGUGGAAGAAAAAGACUAAUUAGGCAUGGCUUGCUAAUGAGUUUCCUCCCAUGCCUGCCCUGAAGAUGUGCAUAACCAACCAAUUCUUGAUUGCCAAGUCUGUACUCAUCCGGUUUACUGGCAUUCUGUAUACAAAGCAGAAAGGUGUGUGAAAGGUCACACUAUGGCACCUUUGCACUGCUGGUAAAGCAGCACAACUCGAUCUUAACUGUCCGUCCAAAGACUGAGAAUGGUGGGAUUUAUAGCACAUCAUCUAGCUGGUCUAAAUAUUCAUUGCCAGCUCUGUUAUUGAACAAAUAAAUGGCAAAGCUGCAGCGUUUAAGUCUGAUGAUAUGGAUAUGAAUUUAAACCUUGAUUGAGAAUUUAAGAACUAGAUCCUUGUGUUCCAAAUACAUUGGUAAUGAAUCUUAUAUUCCUUGUGAAUUGUGAUACCAAGCAAUUCCCGUUUGUAUUUGCAUACUGUGCAAGCCUGGGUUUUCCUUUAGUGUUAAGAGUACUAGGUUGUUUAUAUCUCUUAUAUUUUAUUUCCGAUUCUAUUAUAAAAAUAUUCGUGAAGUGAUAUCGGCAAAACAAAAAAAAAAAAACAUUUUAUGUCUCAUUUUACAUAUAUUGAAUUAUAAAAUAAUAUUAUACAAAAAACAAACAAAGAUAAAUUCUGCCUCUGCCCCAGUAUAGAUUUUUCGGAUACUUAGUAUUAAUCGACAUGGUAGAAUUUUGCAACAUUUUUUGGUUUGCUAAAUCCCCAAAAUGUGCGAGCAAGCACAUUUUAGAGCAUACACGCGAGUGUAUAAUGUGUAAACAUUGUAAGUAUACAUAUUAAGCAGAGCUCUCCCUCCUGGUUCCCCCCUAUUUCUCUUUCCCCCCCCCCCCACACUGGUACACUCGGGAAAGUUGUAAUGAACGAUUCCUAGAUUUAAUAAAGGCCAAUUAUUGCCGCUGUUUAUCUGCUCAUUUGAAACAUUUUGGGAUUCAGCAAAUUGCAAUGCUCCCGGCAUUUCCAAUUUUAAGAGCUGUUAAUAUCCCCGUCAGGCUUUGAAUUAAUAAAGCGCAAAAAAAACCCUCUUCCUAAGAAGAUUAUGAUUACAAAGAAAGUAUCUUGUGUUCCCCUAGCCUGCACAAGUUACAUUCGGAGCUUGUUAAUUCUAAUGUCUCCUGACAGCACAUAAUCUGCAGUUGCUUACUGGGGUGACAGUGACAAAAGACCCUUUGACCUUAAUUUGUGACUCUACUUUUGAUUCAGGGUACCCUAUGUUACUGUUCAAGCUAUCUGGAAUUCAGAAACUUGUAGAAAAAGUAAGAAGUUUGGGUGACAUACUUUAUUUUAUUCAGAUUAGGAGAGAUACAGUGCGCUAUUCAUUGUCAUGAAAUGCCUUAUAAUCUGUAACUAUUUACCCUAAUAUGAUUUUUUUUUUUUAAUCAUGUCAGGACUGCAGGAACUUUUUGAAGACGUUUGGGGUACCACGGCUCCACCUAUAGUCCUAGUACCUGUAACAAACCUGUCCACGUCUGAAGUCUUGCAUCUGUCAUUUUGGUUUUGCUCGUGACCCAGUGAGCAGAGCCCCAGGACGAGAGAGCUUUUGCGGCAUGUCACAGAAUGACUUGUUGGAUAAAGAGAAACCUUCUGAGCUUCAAAAUGCCAGUUUCAUCUCAGACUGACUGCUGGGUUUGGGGAAAAAAGACCCGAAUUUCAGGCAUCCUUUUGUAGCUCGGUCCCAGCAUCCCUUCCAGAACAAGCAAAGGGUUGGUUUGUAAUAUAAAUAAAAUUACAAAAAAACACGUGAGGAUCCAAUACCAUCAGCUUAGUGGAUGCCACAGCACCUUGAAAAUUUAAGAUCAAACAUGUAUUACUUUUUCAUUGCAAUAAAAAUUGUGGUUGUAUAAUAUACUGUAGGCUUAAGGGUCUUGUUAAAAAAAAAUUAUGUUUUGGAAUGGUGUAUUUUUUUGUAAAACCAUCCAGAAUUAACAAUUUUUUAAAAAAAUGUUGGAGGCAUGUAUUCUGCAUAUGUAAGAUGCAUACAGAACUAAUUGUUGGCCACACUGUCACGCAGUGAUCAACUCCCUGCCAUGGACUGUAACUUAUAUUAUUCACAGCCACACAAAGUUAGGUUGAGAAUUUAUAGAGUUAAAUCUCAGUACCUUAAAGGGAUAUUCCAGGCUACAUUACAACUUUAAUGGUCUUUGUAGGUUUUGGCCUCUUUAAUAUGCAGUAUUAUAUGUAUUUAUUUGCAUGCUCAAAUCUUUAGUUUUUAUAGUAGCAAAAAUGACAAUGUUUUACAGUAUGCUGCACCUAGAGCCCCUCACUCUAGAGAAAGACUUCCUUAUCAAAUGAAUGUACACAGUCUCAGCCACCGACACCACUUGAUCACCACAGUGAUCUGAUGUACAUAACAACCUGCUUUAGAAGGAGAGAACACCCAAGGGGACAAAUAGUAUAGACAUUACUAUCUGUUUGUAGUGUAUGUGACUGUCUGCAGCCUGGUUGUGAUUUAAAUGCAGCGCGCACACUGUUGUCAAAGUUGUAUUGGUGCCCGGAGUGUCGCUUCAAACAUCUAGCUGGGCAAAAAUGGGACUGAUCUUCAUUAACCUGAAGAAGCCACCUUUACAAUUAAAGGGAAACUAUAGUGCCAGGAAAACAAACUUGUUAAUAACCCCUUCUGUCACUCACCUGGGUUUCUUCUGUUACUCACCUGGGUCCCUCUGUGCUUGCUCAGCUCCGCCCACGUUCCUCCCCAGCUGACAUCCGCCGGCAGGGGAGACCUAAUGUGCAUGCGCAUCAGUUUAUAAAAACUACAAUAAUUACCACUCUAGGGUUAAGGGUGCUGGGAAUUUGCACCCAGACCACUUCAAUGAGCAGAAGUACUCUGAGUAGGCCUACAGUGUAACUGUUGCAGAAAAAAAUAGCAUUCACUAAUAUUUGCACAAUUAUUUCCUAAGCCCUAAAAACUUGCCUUUAAUGCAAGCUUCCCCAAACUCCGGCCCUCCAGAUGUUGCUGAACUACAACUCCCUUGAUUCUUUGAAUGAAAUAGAUAGGCUGAGAAUCAUGAGAGUUGUAGUUCAGCAACAUCUGUAGGGCCGGAGUUUGGGGAAGCCUGCGUUAAAGGCAAAUUUUUAGGGCUUAGGAAAUAAUUGUGCAAAUAUUAGUGAAUGCACUUUUUUUCUGCAACAGUUAUAUCUUUUUUUAUCUAACAAAGUACUUUCUGUGUGCACAAAUGCAUGAGAAAGUCAAUUUGGAAAAAUGUAGAAAUCUAUUACAAGGCAUACUUCAACUCUUCCACUGUUCAAUGCUACCCCCUGGUGGACAGAUAGAGGAAUAGCCAUGUUUAAUAUUUACAGUAUCUAGAUAAUAUCACAGAAUAUUGAUGCAUCUAUGUGGCGAACAGAACCUCGCCAAAGGCUUUUGGAGGGGCCUGCUUGCCAGCCUCCUGCCAAAAGACUAUGGGCCAGGUCAGCGACUGUAAAGACCCAUAUUUUAGUUCCACUGGUUCGGCACUUUCCAUUUGUGCGCAUAGAACCGAAUGCUAGAUCCGUGGCGGCCUUCGCAUGGACCAAAACUGCGAAUAGACUUUAGGGGGACUUAGCCGCGAAUGCCCUGGAACUUAGCCGCGAUUUUAUGGAACUGUUUUGGGCAUGGGACCAUGCGUGCGGUCGGUCAAACUUUGACUUCCAGGAAAUUCCUGAUCGCCCCAACCGAUCUGGGUGAUUUUUGGAUAUGUUGGUCACCCAUAUCGGGGCUAUCAGGGGAUGUAACUUUAGUGGGGGUUUUGGUGGUAUUUUGUGGGUUUUGUAAAAAUGUUUGUUUUUUGUGUCUGGAGAUAAUUGAGUUAAUACAGUACUUGACUCAAUUAUCUCACAGGUACAGGGGAGGGAUUUACCUAGUUUAUAUGGGAGUGUCCUGGAUCUGAAAGCCAAUGUAAUUGUGCAUUUGUUUCUACUGUGGUUUACUCUCAGGUCCAGGGAGUAGUGAACCUUGCAUGGGGACUGUCAGAAAAGGCCAGUUGUGGUCCCAUUAAAAUGAUUUCACUUCACCCUCAACACAGAGCCUCGUCUUAUGAUUGUAGGGAACUGCUAUACCUGCUUCGGAUUGCUAUACUGGCUAUAAUCACUAGCUCUUGUAAGAUGUAGGAGAGGUCCACCCACUGGAAGCUGGAUCCUGGGCUUGGGUCCAGGGUGGGUGGAGGACAGCGAGACCCCAGCCAAGCUGCGGCGGCUAAGGGGCACCGGUGCUUAUGGUGUCUGGUGCAGUGCUUAUAGUACUCCAGGCUACUAGGAAGCAGCGAUUGGUGGAGGCACCCAGUCGGGGUGCCAGGCGUUCCAUCACAAUCUAUAUUAAUUAUUUAUAAAUAUGUAUUAUCUUUGUACCUAUAGAUGUAAAAAGUGAUGUUUGUGAACUGUGUCAUACAGUUGCAACUGGCAGUAAGGAGCCUUUUUUAUACGACCCACUGACAUUUAAAUCAGUAACCGGCUUUUCUUAUUAUAUAAGCCAAAACUAUUCUUAAAGGGGAACUAAAGGCUAGAAAUACUAUAGGCUCCCAUCCUUCCCCCUCUCUCUCUGCAGUGCAGAAAGGGUUAAAAACCCUUAAUUCACUUACCUGAAUUCAGCGGCGCUGAGUCAGGCCCCACCUCCGCUAAGACGGCCGACAUCGGGGACCUAAUGAGCAUGCGCUUCGAGCGCCCCGGUCGCAUUAGGACUACCCCAUAAGAAAGCUUUGAAUCAAUGCUUUCCUAUGGGGUUUUAGCUGAUGCUGGAUGUCAUCAUGCAUAGCGUGAGGACUUCCAGCGUCAGGCGACCAAAAUUCGCCUAACGACCCGGUAGCUCGUCUAAUGAGUAGACUGCCACUACAGGUGGGGUUAACCUAGCAAUGUAAUUACUGCAGUUUCCCAAUAACAGGGGCACUGCACCCAGACCACUUAAAUAAGCUGAAGUGGUUUGGGUAUCUAUGGUGUCCAUUUAAGCAUCUAUAAUUAAACUUUACUUUUAAACUCUAAUUUCUAAUUAAAGAAGUUGAAGCACAAAAAUAAUAUUAUAUGUAAUAUGCAUGUAGUCUCAUCGUUGCUGAAAUGAGGGACCAUUGUUUUGAUAUAUCAUACAUAUUGAUAUCACAAUUGUUGUGGCAUUCACUUUGAAUUCCCAAAUAUCUACACUUCACAGUGAUUAAUUCUGUCAAGUGUCACUUGUCAGGAAUUUAGAGUGCAUUAAAAACUGUAGACCAAUAUAGCUGUACUGAAAACAGAUAAGUAGAAGACAUUUUCAAAUUUGUCUAUAGUGACCUAAAAUUUCACAUUUAUACUGAAUUAUUGACGUAUUCACGUAUUUUUAAUAACUCAGAUAUUAAACCAGAGCUAUUUCACUGAUGUGAAGUUGGUAUGUGGGUUUAUAUGAGUAUUUUAACAUGAAGCUAAUUUGUUCACAGUUGUGAAAACUUAACAAUUCUGUACAAUUUCUGUAACGACAUCUUUCGUUUGUAAUAAAAUCAGGUGGCUCCUAAAAAAUUCUGGGUGUUAGCCACAAUAAAUGUACUGACUGUAAAAAAUGAAAUGUCUUCAUUGCUAUUUUUGGAGGUAAAUAAUCUGGUUUUGACAUGCUGGACUUUUUAUAUAGUAAACUGGUUCUGUCACCUCAAACUUACUCCUUGCUGACAUCAUAGAAGUGAUUCACUGAGCCAAUCACAAUGCUUUCCCAUAGGAUUGGCUGAGACUGUCAAGGACGCAGAUCGGGGCAGAGCCAGCACAAGUCAAACACAGCUCUGGCCAAUCAGCAUCUCCUCAUAGUGAUACAUUGAAUCAAUGCAUUUCUAUGAUGAAAGUUCAGUGUCUCCAUGCAGAGGGUAGAGGCACUGAAUGGCAUUCACACUGUACAACACUGCCAUAGGAAGCACCUCCAGUAGUCAUCGGAGAAUUGGCCAGUGGCGUUAUCCCUAGGCUAUAAUGUAAACACUGCAUUUUCUCUUAAAAGACCGUGUUUACAGCAAAAAGCCUCAAGGGAAUGAUUAUACUCACCAGAAUACAAUAAGCUGUAGUUGUUUUGGUGACUAUAUUGUCCAUUUAAGUCAUUGCCAGCUAUUAGAAUAUGGCAGCGCUGUGAUUUGAGGUAAAGUGGGGUUGUUUUAAAAGAAAAAUAUAUUAAUAUGGGUAAGUUAGGGGAUAACCUGUGAGGAUGGGAGAUAAAUAAAAAAUUUACUGUGACAGAGCCACUGUUAUAAAAAUCGUGAAUGUCUGGCAGUGACAUUUGUCAGCAUUUGAACAAACAACAUCUCUCCCACCAUUUACCGUUUUAUUUAUUUAUAAAGGAGACAGAAAGAUGGACACGGAAUGUUGGAACUGAACAAGCAACAUCAUUAAUACAACACACAGUGUAAGUUGAAUUUUACUACAUGACAGGAGGCUUCAUAUUUGCAUAUCUUUCUUUACUGAAAACUCCAGCAGCAUAGAAACAGUAACAACCAAUCAGAGAAAAGAUAUGGUGCCCAUAUAAGGCCCUGUCUAUGACAUCACUUCCUCUUUCUUUGCUGCUCCAGCUAUCUACAGGUCAGAGUAUUUGUUACCUCUCUGUUUGCUGUACAUGUCUUAUCCUUUAUUGCCAUAUUCUAUUGUAUUUUAUUCACACCCUGUCUACCUAUUCCUGUCCCUUUACUUUUUCCUUAUGCAGUUGCCCUGUUUUCAUUGCACUAUAUUAUAACCUUGUAUUAUUGUGCUUGUUUUACCGGCGGGCCGCGGGCGUCACGGCUGUCUGUGCCGCGCUCGCUGCGCGGUCCGGCUCUCUCUAUCUUACAGGGGGCUGGGUGGGACGGGUGGAGGGUAGCCGGGGUUAAACUUUUCUUUUUGCCGCGGAUUUCCAGCCCGCUCGCGGCCGCGGGUAGUACUUACACACGCGGCCGGCGGCCAUCUUGGAUCUCGCGGCUCGCGAGACCCGCGACGGCCGCCCUGCCUUCACACACGGCGGCUCGGGAAUCACCCGAUCGCCGCAACGAACGCGGGGGAGUGCCUUUAGGGCAUUUUGUUGCUCCCCCCCCCAACCCUCAAUCCCUACACUAGGAAUUUUUGUUUAACAACACCCUCACAGAACUCCCUAAUCAAUGUGAGGGGCGAAUAAAGCAUGCACAAGCUGUAAGGUUAUAAGGCUGUAAUACCAGUGUUAACUGAGCACACUAUUUAAAGGACCCCUGCAGAAAUAUAUACAUAUAUUGCAACCACCCCUCAGGGGACUUGGCACCACUGUACCCUUCAAAGGGAAGAUCAUACCUGUUACCCUAUACAGGGUCAUAUUAUACUACUGCACCCUAGGGUGCACGCUGAUGUGGGUGUCCUCUGGGUAUUUUUUCAUGGCACACCACCGGGGGUGACCCCCCCCAGACACGCAUGCUAGGGCGCCACAGCCCAUUUCAGUUUGAUGUGGGUGUCCUCUGGUUACCACGGCACACCACCCGGGGUGACCCCGAGAUUAUGCACAAGAGCCUACACCUAACACGCAAAUUCACGCAUAGCCUGAAUUUUAUUAUUUACGUGCAUACUCAGCCUUCCUUAUAUAUACCCUGUACCGACUGGACAUCCCGGUCGUGAUAAGGGUCGAUCAUUAUAUGCAUGUGACUCCCCCACGAACUGUCCACUGAACCUUGUUUUCGCCCGAUAGGUCGAAUUACACCACAGAUCAUGGAAGAUACCCAAGCCAGCCAAGACUUCCAAGCCAUGAUCAAUGCCGCCGUGGCGGCUUCUGUGGAAAAGGCCCUCUUGAGGGCACUACCCCCCAGCCGGGAAGCCACAAGCCCACCAGAGUGCAUGGAAGCCUCGGACUCGGAGGUGUCCAAAGCCAAGAGACAAAGAAAGACUUCAAGUCCACCCUCAACCAAGACUAAGGGCAAGCUACCCAUCAAACGCGUUAAGAAGGUGGACCGCCAGCCCACCCCUUUCCCACCUCAAUCCUCGGACGAGGAGGACACCCACGUCCCACACGCCUUAGACGUAGUGGACGAGUGGCAUGGAGACGGCUCACAUUCGGACGACGAGGAGUGGCAAGACCUACCACCCACCUCAUCGAAAUACGUCAAAGAGACCUUCGUAGACGGCCGGGACAUGGCCGGCGGGGACCACCCCACCGCACAGGCCGAAGACGGUGCUUUCCUGGACGACCAGGGGACACUACUGUUCGACCCACGCACCAUCCGGCACCCACGGUCCUCAGAGUGGACAAUGCCGGAUCAUUUGACGAAGUUUAUACACUACUGGCUGCGCAAACCGCUGGAAAAGGAGGUACGGGCACGCCUCAGGGCCGAAUGCCCCAGGCCGCUAAUUCCCGAUAAAGUGGCACUGACGCCCGAAUUCGAUGACACGAUGGUGGUCUUCAUGUCACGCACGGGCAGGGACCCGCGCAAAGGGGUGGAGAAAGGCAUGAAGGCGGCACAGGACAAGGUGCUGGAUUUGCUCGGUCCCAUCGCCAAGAUGCUAUACUUUGCUGACCUAGCCCUCAGCCAAGACUCCCAACUAGACCCACACAUCAUACGAGAAUGGGCUCAACGCGCGGUGUGCCUGCUGGGCAACGCCAAUGCCGCCCUUUGCGUCGAGAGACGCAGGUCGGCUCUGAUACGUAUCGACAGCAAGCUUCUAGAUCUCGGGGCUAAAGAAUUCGGACCGAAAGCCCAGGGCUUGUUGUUUGGUGAUGCCUUCAUCAUGGAACUCAAACGUCAUGUGAACCUCUUCACCACCUUAAACAAGGCCCAAACCUCUCUCAAACAGGUGUUCCACACCCCAUCUACUAGAGGUGUUUUUGGAAGGGCUGGUCGGCAACGGAGCCGUGCCACCAGCCGAUUUUGGGCCUCAGGUUCCAGAUCUUACCCGCAAGCCUCAAAUUUCUUCCCCUCUUCAUCACAAAGACCCUCAACUUUCCGAGGAACUGGGAGGACCAGAGGUGUCAGAGGCCGUGGACGCGGCCGCUUUAACAAUGGUGAGUCCCUCUAUACACACCGAUGCACCAAAGUUUAUUGCUGGCAACCUAUCUUUUUUCUUCCAGAACUGGGAGCUGAUUACCAGGGACGCCUGGGUCCUACAGACGGUACGCGGCUUCGUAAUAGACUUUGCCGCGCAACCCGUCCAAACCGCCCCCCCUCCCCCGAUCCACAUGUCGUCAGAACAAAACCGCCUGGUGGACGAAGAGGUCCACGCACUCUUCGAAAAGGGCGCGAUUCAAUACGCACCGGACAGGGGAGGCUUCAUGAGCAACAUCUUCUUGGUCAAGAAAAAGACGGGCGAGUACCGGCCGGUUAUCAACCUCCGGCAACUAAACUCUUUCGUAAUCUACAGACACUUCCAGAUGGAAGGAAUCCAUCUUCUACAAGACCUCCUCGUCAAGAACGACUGGUUUACGCGCCUGGACCUCAAGGACGCGUACCUCACGGUUCCGGUGGACAGGCACUACCGUCAGUUCUUACGUUUCCGUUGGAGAGGGCGGGUGUGCCAGUUUACGUGCCUGCCAUUCGGUCUCAGCUCGGCCCCGUGGUGUUUCACGAAGUUGCUGAGACCAGUGAUGGCUCACCUCCGUACAAGGGGCAUACGGUGUCUCGUAUAUCUGGACGAUUUGCUGAUUUUCUGCGAAUCCGUCUCCAGACUACGAUCGCAGACGAAAUUUGUAGCUCACUUGCUAGAAUCUCUGGGGUUCGUAGUGAACAGACAGAAAUCGUCUCUCUCCCCAUCCCAGUCAGUACAAUUCCUGGGCUUCGACAUCGACUCGAAGGAAUGCGUGCUCAGCCUCCCUUCAAAAAAGAUUGCCUCAAUAAGGAAGGAAAUCAGGCGGACUUUACAGAUGGACACGAUACCGCUCAGGAUGCUCGCUCGGAUUGUGGGACUCCUGUCCUCGUCCAUACAAGCGAUAUUCCCGGGCCCUCUACACUACAGGGCCAUGCAACGGCUGAAAGCGGGAUAUCUGCGUGCCGGUCAUUCCUACGACCACUGGAUCCCACUCACUCCGGAGGUGAGGUCGGAACUGCGAUGGUGGUUACUUCACAUACAAGCCUGGAAUGGCAAGGCGAUCUUCGGCCCUUCCCCGGACUUCAUCGUAGAAUCGGACGCCAGUUUGUGGGGAUGGGGUGCCCACUGCUCAGAUGCCUCCACGGGGGGCCCAUGGCAGGGAGAGGAGACCAACCUACACAUCAACUGCCUGGAGUUGAUCGCGGGCUCCUUCGCCAUUCGCAGCCUGGCCAAGGACAGGUCGAAUUGUUGUAUCCUGCUCCGCAUGGACAACAUCUCGGCGGUGCAAUACAUCAACCGCCUAGGCGGGGCGAGGUCGAAGGACCUGACCGAAGCCACGAAGGACAUUUACAGUUUCUGCCUACGGAGGAACAUCACGAUACAGGCGGAAUACCUCCCAGGAGUCUCCAACCUGACGGCGGACUGGUUUUCCCGACACUGGAGAGACACCAGCGAUUGGAAACUCAACGAGGAAAUAUUCCGGACACUACGGCGACGGAAGGGACCGCUAUCAAUAGACUUGUUAGCCUCCAGGACCAACCACCAACUUCAAAAAUACUACAGCUGGCUCCCGGACCCGAUGUCCGAAGCAGCGGACGCAUUUCUUCAGGACUGGCCCCCUCACGGGGCCUACGCCUUCCCUCCAUUCUCUAUGAUUCCACGAGUGCUGCGGUACACACGCACUCACAGGAUAUCGCUCCUGCUCAUAGCACCUCUCUGGCAGAGUCAACCGUGGUUCCCGGACCUCCUGGAGAUGUCCCACGACCAUCCCAUUCGGCUUCCGACCAUUCCACUCCUCCUGUCGGGACCUCGGGGGGAACUACAUCCCCUCGUCCUGGAAGGACAACUGGAACUGGUGGCCUGGACGAUUUCAGGGGCUCCUGGUCGGUCCACGGCCUAUCGCAAUCUACUAAAGACCUCCUGUGGGACUCAUGGGCUCCUGGCACAAGGAGAUGUUACAUCUCCGCAUGGUCAGCCUGGAGUGAUUGGUGCGUGGAGAGGGAUUCCGAUCCCUUUACUGCCUCUGUCCCACUGAUCCUCAACUACCUCGCUCAUCUUUUCUCGACGGGUCGAUCAUAUAGAUCCCUUAACGUGAUCAGAUCGGCUAUUUCAGCGGCGCAUGUCCCAGUACAGGGCAGGCCAGUGGGUCAAGACCCGCUGGUAUGCCGUCUACUACGGGGCGCCAGACUUACGAGGCCCCCAGCGCCCAAGUAUUCCAGCCUCUGGCAAGUUAAUGGGGUGCUGGAUUUCCUCCGGGGCUGGCCGGACAACCCGUUUCUAUCACUGAAACAGCUCUCAGCUAAACUGGCCCUUUUGCUAUGCCUCGUCUCUUUCCGACGGGUGUCUGACAUUAGGGCGUUUGACGUGGACGGUUUCUCCCUCACCCCGGAGGGAGUUGCCUUUUCCAUAUCAAGACGGACUAAAUCGGAUUCGUCCUCGGUGACUUAUCCGUAUUUUGAUUCCGACCCCAAGCUAUGUGUGGUCAAGACACUGUUGAGGUAUACGGAAAUCACGGCCAACCUUCGGCGUUCCCCGACGGGUCAGCUACUGAUUUCUUACGUAAGGCCUCACGGACCGGUGUCUACUAUAACCUUGGCCAGAUGGGUUCGCUGGCUUUUAAGGUUGGCAGGAGUCGACUCCGGUUUCGGAGCGCAUUCGGUCAGAGGGGCGGCAGCAUCCCAAGCCUUCUUGGCAGGCGCCUCCCUAACCGACAUCAUGCGUUGUGCGGAUUGGACACGGGAGAGUACGUUUAGGACGUUCUACUUCCGUCACUCCUCUCACGCUUCCUUCACACUGGUCAGAGCUAAGCUUUAAAAAUGCAAAUAUGAAGCCUCCUGUCAUGUAGUAAAAUUGAAGAUUAUAUUAGCUUUAGUGUACUAAUAAUCUUAAUUUUAGUAAUGACAGGAGGCGAGUAUUUCCCACCCGUUGGAUCCCGCCCAGGUGAGUUUGUACUAUACAGAUUGUGUUCGGUGUUCAGGAAGACUUAUAUGUUUAUAUUGUACUACCUCUUAGGAGGACACAUGUUCAGUACCGUAGCUGUAUUUUGGUCAUAUUCUUUGCACUAUAUGAUGUUUUCUUCUUAUCGCAUGGCGUAGCUUGCAGGUUUAGUUAUUUGAGUAUUGACAGUUUUUUCACAGUACUAUAUACUCUAGGAGAUGUUACAGUUUUUGUAAUAUUUAUAAUAUGUGGGCACGUUGCCACUUCAGAAACCUUUCACUUUUUUCUUUUUCUUUCAGCAUGAAUGUCUUCUCUACGGGACAAAGUUUCACCUUCCAUGCCGUUUGACCAUGGAAUCGCCGGAGUUGGUUUUUCUCCGCUAUGUUUGUUGAAAUGUUAACGGACUAAGUUUAUGUUGUUGUUGUUUAUCAUUCGCUUCAAAGAAAGAGGAAGUGAUGUCAUAGAC